CCUAAUACCUAAUAGCACCUAACUACAUCACCCACCACCAAGUCCCACUUCCAUCCACAGAAAACCCUACACCGGCCGAAAGACCUAAGGCUCCUGUCUUGAGCUGUGUGUUCACCUUACCAAGGGUUACGGGAUCGACUCACCAUGUCUGUUCCCGGACCUACACUGGGAACUUUAGAAAUUAGAAAAUUGAAGUAAUCAUUUUAUUUGUAUCUUUUAUAAACAUGCCAUGGCUGCUGCAAUGUUUUUACCUACAUCAAUAAUUUUAUCUUAGUAAAUGUUAAUGUCAUUUUAUCUGUUAAAAUCUACAUAUUUUACUUUCACAUUCUGUGAGAGAGGGUGUGACGGAUCACAUUGUCUCAGGCCAACCUCCCGGAGCUGCACGCUGCAUUUUACUGAACACAGAUGGACUCGUGGCCACUGUACCUGGUUCUGUUGCUUUUCCACACAAGUAAGUUCCUUUUGUUUGUUUAUUAUUGUCAAUAUGUGCGAUGCAGUGGUGUAUUCUGGUUUUGUGCUGCCCUAGGCAUGACAAAACUCGGGCAUUCCCCCUUCCAAAUUUCCUGACAGACACAUGCCCUCACUGAUGCAUGCACUGACAUACACUCACUUACAGAUACACAGUCAUUGUCACACACACUGUUUCACCAACACACACUUUCCCUGGAACAUACACACUCAUUCACUAUUACACUCACUCACAGUUACACACACACUCACAUUCACCGACAGACACACAUAUACACUAACUGACAGACACGCAUUCACCGACAGACACAUACACACUCACUGACAAGACACAUAUGCACACUCAAUGACAGAAAUGCAUACACACUCACUGACAGAUGCACACUCACUCAGUUUCAGACACACACACACUGGGACACACAUAUACACACAUAUACAAUACUCACUGACAGACAUAUAUAUAUACACUCAGUGUCAGACACACACAUUGACUGACAGACACACAUACACUAGCUGACAGACACACACUAACAGACAUACACAUUUAUUGACAGACACACAUACACACCCUGUCACACGCAUACACACACUCUGAGUGACAGAUACACACACUGACAGACACGUAUACACUCUCACUAACACACACACUUACUAACACCAGGAAUUGGACCAUUGUAUGGACCAAAUUGCCCUUGCCUUGCAGACAUUGCAAGUCCAUCAAAUCUGCAAAUGGAAGGACAAUCUCCGCCGGUUAAUCCUAUUACAACUGCAUUAGAAGUUACACCUUAUAAAUCUACUUCCCAUGUUACUACACCUUUAAGCUACGGUGGAGCACCUGAUGCUUGUCGCGGUUUCUGAAACCAGAUAAGCAUACAUUUUUAGUUACUUCCUAGGGCCUAACUCACAGAUAGACUAAAAUAGGGUUUAUCAUUACCUUGCUAAUUGACAAGGUGUUGAUUUGAGUCAAUCUCUCUGGUGUAUAACUAUGCUGCUUUUAUCAAAGCCUUUAGGAGGACUUUCGAUCCCCCUGGCAGAAAAGCGAACUCUGCCAGAAUUCUUCUCCUGCUCAAACAAAGGAAUAAAUCCGUAGUUGAUUAGGCCCUAGAAUUCAGGUCCAUGGCAGCAAAAGUAGGAUGGAACAUCCAGGCUUUUGUAGACAUGUUUCUUUUUUUUAAAAAAUUCUUUAUUUUUCUUGUGCAUUAGAUUAUAUCACAAAGAGGCCUGUAGCGCCAUGACAGCGUUUACAGGCGUUUCAAUAGCAUACAUAGUCAUGGCAUAUAUUUACCGCACUUUUUUUUAAAAGAUAAAACAGGCUUGUAACACAUUAAACAUGUUCCUUAACAUAUUGAGUACAUUCUAGCUUUGCUUGUCUAUUGUGUUAAGUCACGGUGGGGUCAUCUAGCUUACUACUAUCUGGUACAUGUGCUUUCAAUAAACCGAAAAAUAAGGUAUAUGCUAACAAGGCUAUUCAAGAAACCUACUUCUGCAUGUCAAUCUAUGUUUUUACAAAAAGUUAGAGGUCAACGUAGCAGAUUGUUAGCUUGACAGUGAACUUGAACAGGUUAAAUUAAUUCAGCGCUUAUAGUGUCUGUUAGCUAGAGGUGCUAAACUUUUGUGUUGGAAGUAAGAGUCAAUGUGAUAUGCAUAAGUGGAAGACAUUUGGAGAGUUCUCACAUUAGGUGCCCAUGCACGAACCGUGAGCGGUAUACCAGGUCAGUUUCUGGGGGGGUCAGCUGACCUCCAGUCUGCAAGUGGCGGGUGCUUGUCUGGAGGUGUCGCUGGUGGGACUCCUUAGCCUCUUAUCGGCACCCAAUUCAUACAUGUCUCACAACAGUGGGGCAGAUUUGCGAGUGGUUGGUGCGGCUCAGUCGGCCCGCUAAGGGCACUCAGGUCGGGCCACUGUCCGUGAACCCCUGGGGACGAAAGUCUCAGAGUUAGCUGGGUUCCAUACUUGUGGUCUGGAGGGGAUGUUUGGUUGCUGCAGAGUGUCUGGUGGGAGGCCCAAGGUAACGAGUUGUGUCUUUGCCUCCUGCAGGUCCGCUAUGAGGCAUGUGUUGUCUCCCUGGAACACCUGGAGCUUGUGUGGUGAGCGCCAUUGAUAUUUAAUAUUAUGGGCGUGGAGUAGGGUGGUGAAAGGUUUCAUGGUUGAGCGCCAGGCCAUAGUUCCUCUGGAUAAGUCUGUGUAUAGUGAGAGGGUCAUGUCCUCGAAGGGGUAUGGUGUUUUUCCCCUGAUGGCGGUCAUAACCGCUGCUUUGUCCUGCCGCUUUUGAAAUUUAACAAUUACGUCCCUGGGUGCUGCCGGGGGAGCCGUUGUCGGUUUGGUGAUUCUGAAUAUGCCAUCCAGACCUACCCCUUUAGCUUGCUUUGGCUGGAGUAUGUUACCUACGAGGCGCCUCAUGAGGUGAGGGAGUUCUGAAUCUGGGACCGACUCUGCUAUGCCUCGAAUCUUUAUAUUUUGGGCCCUGCGUGAGUCUUCCAGUACCGCCAGUAUCUGUUCCACACUCAGGUGCUGCUGUUGCAGCGUUUUCACCUCCUGCUGGAGCCUGGCUACAGUCCUCGAGUGGUUGAGGGAGUCUUGUUCCACGGUUCCCAUGCGGUUUGUUAGACCCUGUAUGUCUUUCCUCAUGUCGGCUACAUCCGCUUGGAUAUUCCGGUGGAGCUCCGCCAGCAGCUCCCUCAUUUCGGCCUUUGUGACUUGGGGCCAUGUCCGGCUGCGUUCUUGGUUGCACUGCCUCUUGUGUUACGGGUAAGCAUGUCUCUUCAGACUCUGAGAGUCGCUCAUUGCAGUCGUCGAAGUCGUCGAGGUAGGCGUCCAUGUUGGGUUCCGAAGCGCCAUGUGCUCACCGCCAUAGGUCCCCUAUGCUGGUGCCCGGCCGGGCCAGUUCUUGUUUUGGUUUUUUUUUUUCUGCCCAUUGAUAGACCACUGUAGUGGGGCAGUCUUGGCUGCCUUGUAGGGGGUAAAAUAGGUUUCUUUUUUGCUUUUUCUCCGUUAAAUCUCGGAGCUCUCAGAAGAUGCGACCAGUCUUUUCGGCAGUUAGCCAAGUAUCUGUAGACAUGUUUCUUUAUGGUCUUUCUGACACUUUUCUUGAUGCAGGUGCUCCUAGAGAUCUCCCUGUUAAUUUAGAAGAAUUAAUCACGUCUAUGAGGAUGAACGUCUUAGACACAGUCAAAAUACUAGGGAAAGACCUAGGAGAGCAUCUAUCAGACUUGCUCCAUACUUUAACUCUGCAGAUUCUAUGGCUUUGGCUCUGACUAAACCCAUUCUGUUUGGGAUAACCAGAUUAACCAAAACAGAGAGACAAUACAGAAGGAGAGAAGGGUUAUGUAUGUAUUGCGGUAAAAAGGGACACCUCCACCUGACCGGUCCUAGUAGGCCGCAAAACUCCCGCACCUAAGUCCGUCUGGAGGACAGGCCUUGGGUGUUUUUACUAUGUCCUCCAAGAAUACAGAAAAAGAUCAUAGGCUUUUUGUUCCCAUCACCUUAAUCUGGUGAAUUAAUGUACUAUGGCACUAUUAGAUUCAGGGGCAGAUGAAAGUUUUGUAGACAUAACAUAUGCCAGUAGUCAUUCUAUUACAUCAAGGUUGAGAAAUACGCACUUGGCCGUUGAGUCCAUAGCUGAUAGACCACUUCAAAUUCCUGUAAUUACUCACGAAACUGAACCCUUGCAUAUGACUGUAGGGGCCCAACAUAAAAAGGUAAUUGUGUUACAAUUGAUUUUUCAAGAAAGACCCAUAGAGGGGUCGAAAAAUUGAUCGGGACUUUGUAUACAUUUGCUUGUAUGCAAUAACGAGCACCAAUAUUUCUAUCAGAAAAUCCCUUGGAGUGAACCCUUAUUCUUUUGGACUAUUUUUCAUACGCGGAUUGCACCAGGGUAAUAGGUUUUUUGUUUUAUUAACUAAAUGGUGAGUGCCAAGCCUAUAUAUAUAUAUUUAUAUAUAUAUAUAUAUAUAUAUAUAUAUAUAUACACACACAUAUAUAUAAUUAUUAUUAUUAUUGUUAUAAUAUUUAUAUAGUGCCAUCAAAUUCCGCAGCGCUUUACAACGGCUGGACGAACAGACAUGUAGUUGUAACCAGACAAGUUGGACACACAGGAACAGAGGGGUUGAGGGCCCUGCUCAAUGAGCUUACAUGCUAGAAGGAGUGGGGUAAAAUUACACAAAAAGGUAAGGAUAGUAUUAGACUAGUGACAGUUGCAGAAGAGGAAUCAGUCGGGAGCUAUUACAGUUUAAUUGAUACACUUUUAUGAAGAAGUGGGUUUUUAAUGACUUUUUGAAGGAGCAGAGACUGGGUGAGCAUCUAACGGAGGAGGGAACCGAGUUCCACAGGGACGGUGCAGCCCUCGAGAAAUCUUGAAGGUGAGCAUCAGAGGUGGGAGUACGGACAGAAGAUAGACGUAAGUCUUCAGCAGAUCGUAAGGGCCUAGACGGGACAUACUUGUGUAUUAGGGAGGAUGGAUAGGUGGGAGCAGCAUUAUGUAGAGAUUUGAAAGCAAGAACCAGAAUUUUAAAUUGAGCUCUAUAUUUUAUAGGAAGCCAAUGCAGGGACUAACAGAAGGGUGAGGCAUGGGAGAUGCGGGCGGACAGGAAGAUGAGCAACAGUGAAUGUGUCUAGUCCCCCACAUGGUGGAAUAAAUGAUGUAUUUCUAGAUUAUGACUGUUUCCCCAUGUUUCUGCAGGUUCUGAGCUGGAAGUAACCGGUCCAGCUUCUCCCCACACUGUGUUGGUUGGAUCCCGUGUCCUUCUCCCCUGCAGGUUCUCUGUGGAUACCCCUCCUGUGAACCCCAUCUUUCUGGCUGUAUUUUGGAAAUUUGGAGACAAAGAACUGUUGAAAUAUGAUAAAGGGAUAUUGAACUAUAAUAAAGAUAUAUCUUCCCGUCUGAGGAUGACAAUAGAUGGUCAGGCAGCCAUGAGUGGAGAUGUUUCUCUGACCAUAGACAAUGUGACCAUCUCUGAUAAAGGCAUCUACACAUGUUCAGUGAUUUACAGCCCAGACAGACAAGAAAAGGAGAUUGAGUUACAUGUUCAAGGUAAGAAUUUAUUACAGGUGUUUCUCACUAGGUUAGGAUCAGCUCUACAUAGUGACGUUUAUAUUGCAAUAUAUGUAUUAAUUAUAUAAUGUAUGGCUUUACUUGAGGAUUUGUUCCGGUGGCAGUUAUAGUACUCUGAUAAGCAAAGAAAUAUAAACUGGAUAAACAAAUUGGAUUGGCUGAACUUGAUGGACGCAAGUCUCUUUUCAGCUACGUAACUAUGUAACUAUGUAUCCACUAAACAUUGCAAUUCAUCUGAAAUUUGUGCAAUCAGCAGGUCUUUUGAAUUCUGUAACUUCUAAUCUCUAUAUGGACCAGUCACAAAACAAACAAAAUAGGCAAUGGCCAAAUAGCUUGGUUUGUUUUGUGAUUCCGAGUUCCAUCCAUGAUACAAAAAGGAGAUAAUUGGUGGGAAAAACCAUUUGAUGAUACCAAAUGUUGGUUUUAUUCAUAUAUCAAGUGAGAAGUGACCAGAAGAGGGAAAAAAGGAGAUAUUUCUAUCUAUUCAUCUUUAUAUAUUUAAUAAGUAUUAGGCAUGUGCAUGGGAAAAAUAUUUGGCUUUGUUCGGCAUUCCGAAAUUCGGGACUUCGACACUUUGGAACUUCGGUUCGGCACUUUGGGUAAGUGUAGGGUUAGGAUUAGGGGUAGGGUUAGGGUAGGGUUGGUUUAGGAGUAGGGUUAGAGGUAGGGUUAGGGUAGGGGUAGGGUUAGUUCAGGAGUAGGGGUAGGAUUAGGGUAGGGGUAGGGUAGGGUUAGGGUUAUGGUACAGUUAGGGGUAGGGUUAUGGCAGGGUUAGUGGUAGGGUUAUGUUAGAAGCAGAGUUAGGGUUAGAAGUGGGGUUAUGGUAGGAUAAGGGGUAAGUUUAGGGUUAGGGUUGGGUUAGGAGUACAGUUAGGGUUAGGGUAGAAUUAGGGGUAACCCUACUCCAAUCACUAACCCUACCCCUACUCUAACCACUAACCCUAACCCUACUCCAACCCCUAGCCCUUCCCCUAACCCUACCCCAACCACUAACCCUAAACCAACCCUUAACCCUAACCCUAACCCUACCCCUAAUCCCAACCCUAUCCUGUUUUGCCACUUUUCAGAAAUCCGAAGCACUUCGGUACUUCCAAAAUUUGGCACUUCGGCAAUUCGGUUCGAUUCGGCAUUCCGAAAUGCGCCACUUUGGAAAUUCGUUACUUCGGACAUUCGGAAGCAUCCGAAUGCCCGAAUUUCGGCCGAAUUUGCGUUUGGAACGAAAUUAAUUGCACAUGUCUAAUAAGUAUAUAAUAUCGAAUAUAUAAAUAGAAUGUUUUUACUGCUCCUCCUGUUUUUCUCUCUACUGGUUACUUUGUCUCACUCGAUCUGUAAACCAAAUGGCUGGAAAACGCACCUAUAAGUGUAAUGAUAUAAUAAUAUACUAUUUAUUUUUAUAUUAUGUAUAGAUUUUGUAUUAUGUAUAUUAUUUUGGUUAAUUUUCAAGCCUUUGGUUCAUACAAUUGUUUUUCUCAAAACAAUUCCAAUAUGUGAAAUUCACCUAAACUGAAAUGCUACAUUGAAGAAACCCCAAUCGACCAACAUAUAUAUGUAUAUUUUUUUGGACGAAUUGAAACAAAUUUUUUCUAAUAGUCACAGGUCCCACACAAACAAUUUGAAGUACCUCGAAAGAGCGUGAUGUUUCCCUGUUAUAAAGGAUCCCUUUAUUUAAUCGAUUUGUCUUUUUUACAGCUUCUCCAAAGGUCAAGAUAAUGAAAAAAAGCUUUCUCAGGAAUGAGGAAAACCGCCUCCAUUGUUCCAUCACAGACUUCUAUCCAAGUAAUAUUAAAGUUUCGUGGUUCAAGAAUGGGCAGAUUCUGAUUACGUCCGACACGGGCAAACCUCAGAGGAACUCAGAUGGCACCUAUAUGGUAAACAGCUCUGUGAUUAUAACCCCAGCCGAGACCCAGGAUAACAUGAUCAUCGAGUGCCAGGUGGAGCACGAAUCCCUGGUGAACUCUAUAAAGGACAAUUAUACUGUGGUAUACGGAGGUGAGAACAAUGUAAUUUAGUUCUGUUCUUAAAUCUAAUUGAUUUUUAAAAAAAAUGUUUUUAUUGAAAGAUUUAACAUUUUACAAUAAAAUGAUCAAUCAAUAUGAGAUGAGUAAAAUAUUGAUACAACAAACGCUGUGAUUAUUAUACCAAAUUACAAGCAUCAUUGUGAGUUCACUUGCAGGACACCGAUUCCCGUUGGUGAAGAUCUAUGUUCUAGAAUAACCUGUAUAGCUGGCCCUUCCACAGAAGGCGGUAUUAUCUAGUGUGCAUGACACAAAGGGGUUAAAGGACAGCUGUAGUUCAAAUGAAGCGAUCAGUAGAGAUGUUCACGUCGUUUUAAUGGUGGUUGUUGCUAUGCUUUUAGAUCCCUGCUUCACAUUGAUCUUUAUUGUGCAUUACAUGGAGCACAGGAGAAAUGUUUUUUAAAAGCGAUAAAAAAAUAAAAUAAAAAAAAUAACAACCUCACCCCAAGUGCAAAUGCCUGUAUACAGGGAUCAGGUUAUCUGAUCAGGUUAUUAGACCAAGCAGGUUUUCUUAGACACACAUCACAUGUACAUGUUGGGCAGCAUGUGAAAAGUGCCACCGUGGAACUGAAACUUCAGCUACAUUCCACCGAACAACACUCCCCCUGUGCUGCCCAUGAACCAUGGUGUGUAAAACAGAUCUCUGUACUAGGGGAUCGAAGGCACACCAACAUGGACAGUCAGAGACAAUUCUAAUAUUAGUUUAUAUGAAUACUGUUACUUCAUUAUGCUAUACAUAGCUAAAUAUUUAGACACAUGCCAGUAGAUAGUUCAUAGAAAAUUUUGGACAUUACAGGGACUAUCUAUGUACCACAUAACCCUCUACAGCUUAUUGUAGUGAUUAUGACGCAAAAUCUGUGGGCACUGUCCCCAUGUUUGUGUCUGUCAGACCGUUUUCCCUUCUUUCUUUUUUUUUUCCCUUCUUUUUUCCCUUCUUUUUUCCCUUUCCCACCUCUCUUUUCUCUUGUUUCCCCUUUUCCUUUGUUUAUUUAUUUUUGUUAUUUUCUCAUAAUAAACAUUAUAUCUGUUACAUUGUUGGUUUAAACACCAAGGGGAAAAAAAGGUAAAUGUACAGCUGUGUAGGCCAUUUGUUCCACAUGGAAUGCAAAAUGUUGUACCAUUGUCAUACAUUUAUUUUUUCCCUAACCACUUGGAUGCACCUGAGUGUUGUUGGCCUAGUGUGGACCUGCUAUCUGAUGGUGUUCUGUGUGAGCGUGAUUGUGCCUAGUUUGGCUUGGGACCAUGUACUAUUUGUGUAUUCGUGUCUGUCUGUAGGUAUGAAAUCCAAGGUUGCCAUGUAGCUACGAAGGUCUCGUAUUUGUGUGAGAGUGAAUACGUAAGUUCUUCCAUUUCUUUAAUGGAUUCUACUUUGGUGAUCAAUUAUCUUAUCGUUGGUGGUUGGGUUUGCUUCCAUUUAGUCGGGAUCAGGCCGUUGGCCGCAGUGAGUAGGUGGCUUAUCAGUGUUUGUUCUGUCUUUGAUAUGUAUGUUGGGUAUAACAAAAACAGACAGGUUUCCGGGUUGUGAGGAAGUCUAUGUCCUGUGAUUACGUGGGUAAGAUCCGUGAUUUUCUCCCAAUAUUUUUGAAUCUCCUCGCAUCCCCACCAUAUGUGGCCUGUGGUUCCCUCAGCGGUUUAGCAUCUCCAGCAGAGUUUUGAGGAGUUGGGGAAAAAUGUAUGUACGCAGGUUGGGGUGUAGUGCCAUCGUGCUAUGCGUUUGUAGUUGCUCUCUUGGAUGGUUGUGUUUUGUGAUGAUCAGAAUAUAGUUGUGAAGAUCUUCCUCCAUUCCUCUGUGGUGAGUGUGGUGUUGAGAUCCUCUUCCGACUUUUUGGUGAAUUCUGGGAGAGCGUGGUUUGUCUCUGCUUGUAUGAGUUUGUGGAAGAGAGAUAAAUGGCCCUUAUGGAUUUUGUCGCUGAGGCUAAGUGUUUCAAACUUUGUGAGUUGUCUGCAUCCCUGGUUUAAGUCUGCGUUGCACUGUAUGAAGUGUUUGAUUUGUGUAUACCGGAAGUGUAAGAUGUUUGUUCUAUCUACUGGUGGUAUCAGGUCUGUGUAGGGGAUGAUUUUGUUAUCUUUCAUUAUGUCCCAUAAGCAUAGGGUUUGGGAUGUCGCUGGGAAUUUUGCAAAGGAUGCAGCGUGCAUCCCCGGUUGAAAUUGGGGGUUACCGGUUAUAGGAAGUAGGGGGGACAGGUGUGGUGAAACAUAGUUAUUCUCCCUAAUCUGUGCCCAGUAUCUGAGAGUAGGUAUUAUGGUUGGGUGAGAGGAGUCGGUUUGUUUUAUCAACUCUGCUCCCCUAUCUAGCCAAGGUAUAGUGUUCAGAGGGGUGUCGAAGCUCUGGGAUUCUAUGUGCACCCAUUGUUUUUGGCUUUGAGGGACUGUCCAGUCAUAGAUUUGUGUCAGUAUCAUUGCUUUGUGGUAUGACGCUAUGUCCGGAAGGCCCAGGCUACCCUGGUGUUUGUGUUUUAUCAAAUAUCUAUAUGGUAUCUUCGGGUGAUUCCCUGCUCAUAUGUAUGUGGUGAUGAGUUUUUUUGUUUGAGUGAAGAAUGAGUUAGCGAUAGGAAGCGUUUGUAGUAGAUAAAGAUUUUCGGGAGUAUAGACAUCUUCAGUAUGUGCACCCUACAUAGCCAUCCGAAUUGUGGCUUAUUCCACUCGUUGAGGUCUGUAGUUAUGUCAUCGAGGAGUGGUGGGAAGUUUAAUUUGAAUGUUUUAGCCAAUUUCGAGGUGAGGUGAUACCCAAGAUAUUUAAUCGAUUUAGCUGGCCAGCUGAAGGGGUAUGUUUUUUUUAAUUGUGUACAUGUUGCUUCCGCUAUUUGAAGGGGGAUAAUCUCGCUCUUACUUAUAUUGACUUUGAAAUUAGAGAUGUGGUUAUAUAUAUCUAUUUCUUUGAGGAGGUGUGGCAUUGAGUUUAUUGGGUCUACGAUGGUAAAUAGUAGAUUGUCAGCAAAUGCUGACACUUUAUAUUCUUGUUCCCAUACUCUUAUGCCUUUUAUUUCUAGGUUGUCCCUUAUCCCCUGCAGGAAAGGUUCCAUCGUUAGAAUGAAGAGCAGUGGGGACAAGGGGCACCCCUGUCUUGUACCGUUCUUUAUAUGGACCGUGUCUGAAAGUUGACCGUUUAUUCUGAUUUCAGCCCCUGGGGAUGAAUAAAUUGAUGUUAGCCACGAGAGCCAGUUUGGGCCAAAGCCGAAAGCUCGCAUUGUUUCUAUUAAUAGGGACCAGUCUACCCUAUCGAAUGCCUUUUCCGCAUCUAUCGCAAGUAUCAGGCUUUGGGUUUGUAGUUUGUGUGCAGUGUAUAUGAGAUUGAGUAAUUUGGUGGUGUUAUUUUUAGCCUCUCUGCCAGGUUCCAAGCCCGCCUGGUCUUGGUGAAUUAAACCUUGGAGAAGUGGUCUGAGGCGUGUGGCUAGGAUUUUCGUAAAGACUUUCAGAUCUACGUUGAUAAGUGAUAUAGGUCGGUAACUGCCACACUCCGAUAGGUCUUUGCCUGGUUUUGGGAUUAGGGUCACGUGUGCUUCUAAGGCUUCAUUUGGUAUGUGGGUGCCCUGUGUGAGUGAGUUAUAGGCUUUUGUAAACGGGUCAUUCAGGAUGUGGGCAAAUGUCUUAAAGUAUUUUGCUGAGAACCCGCCCGGGCCCGGACUUUUGCCUGGCGGGAGUAGUUUGAUGGCCAUUAAUACUUCCUUGGGUCGUAUUUGAAUCUGUCUUGUGUUUUGGGGAAUUGUUUGGGUCACCUAUUUGCCAGGAAUCUGUUGAUGUCUUCUAUGGGAGGAGGGCUAGAUCUCAGAUUGUAAAGGUUAGUAUAGUAGGAAUGGAAUUCCUGGAGUAUUUCUGUUGGAGGUGAGUGGUCUCCCCUGAUGGUUUCCUGAUUUGUGGUAUAAAUGUCCGUUGCCUAUUGUUUUGCAUCGCUCGUGCUAAGAGGCGACCACAUUUGCCCCCUUGGGUAUAGUACUUAUGUUUGGUCCUCAGAAGUGCGUACUUGGUUUUGGCAUUUAGAAUCGACUGUAGGGUGGAUCGUUUUUCCACUAGUUGUUUGUACAUGUCUAUCGUGGUGUUUUAUUUGUGUAUGGUUUCCAGUUGCCUUAUUUCAUGUGUGAGUCUUGUCACCUGUUUCUCUCUUAGAUUUUUCUGUUUGGCUGCUGCUGCUAUUAUAUGGCCUCUCAAUACCGCUUUGUGUGCCUCCCAUAUUAUUGUGGGGGAGCUGGAUGGUGUGGUAUUUUUGGCGAAGUAGUUGCGCAUGGUGUUGCUUAGGGUUGACACUGUAAGAGGGUCAUUGAGUAGGGUGUUGUUAAGUUUCCAGUGUGCUCUUGUGGCUGGGAGUGUCGGAAUUUUUAUUGACAAGGUUAGAGGACUGUGGUCUGACCAUGUAAUAGGGCCAUAUUCAAUGGUCUUUAUGAGGUGUAGAUGUCGGUGUUGCAAGAAAAUCAUGUCUAGACAGGCGUAUGUGUGUUUAACUGUAGAGUAGUAAGAGUAGUCUCGAGCUGAGGGGUGUGUUGACUUCCACCCAUCGUAUAAACAUCCAUUGUCUAGUAUUUGUUUCAUUCUGGCACGGGUUGAGGAGUUGUAUUGUGUUGCAUGAGAGGUUGUGUCAAGGUCUGAGUCUAGCGAUACGUUAAAAUCUCCUCCUAAAAUAAGUAUUCCUUCUGUGAAACUUUCUAUCUUAGUGAGGCAUUUGCGUAAGUAUGAACUUUGUUUUGUGUUAGGUAGAUAAAGAUUGGCAAAUGUUAUUUUAGUGUUCCCUAUUAGUCCCUUAACCAAGGUGAACCGUCCUUCUGUGUUGGAGUAAUGUUUCUUGUGUGUAAAGGGUGCUUUGGCUCCUAUUAGUAUGGCUACCCCCCUGGCUUUGGUUGCCGAGUAGUUGCUAAAGAAGUAGUGUGCAGGUAGUGUGUGUUCCUUAGAUUGGGGGCUUGACCUGCUUUAAAGUGGGUUUCCUGUAGCAUCACUAUGUCUGCCUUUAAUUUGCGCAUUUCGGUGAGGGUUUGGGAUCUCUUGUUUGGGGUAUUUAGGCCCCUGACAUUCAGGGUUGUCACUGUGAUUGUGGCCAUGUGUGCGUUGAGUUAGUUACGCGUUUGUGUGGGUUAUGGCUUGGUAGCUGCACAGGGAGAGCGGUGGUAGAAAGGGUGGGGGGUUUUCAAAAAGAAUAAAACAACAGUUUACAACUUUGAACUUCAAACUAUAUACAAUUUCUCCAGGUCACCCGCUGAGCGAGCAAAGGAGAGUUUUGGUAGGUAUUAGGAGGUAGGCCUCUUCGGACGGUGGCUUUCCCCAAGUCUGCCGUGUAGCUUUGGGGAAACAGUAAGGCACCGCUUGGGCCUUUUGGUUCGCUGUGGGUGAUCUAGGUGGUUGGGGGGAGUUACAUGGUGUGGCGGUUGCCACAGGGCAAUCGUUGUGUAUAGUUAGUGUUUUUAUGUUGGUUUUGCAGGCCUAGUCACUGGUUUAUAUGGAGGGACGGUGGUUGGUAGUCUAGGUUUGUUUGUGUUCCUGGCUGGUGGGAGGAUUUCAUGGUGUCUGUUACUCCUGUGAGAAUUACCCUCCUAUAUGUUCCCUCAGUAUUAGGUUUGUCGCUUCUUCCACUUUAGGUAUUCUAAAUCUAGGUAUGGGUAACUCGAAGUAUUGUGUGUUUGGUCCUAUUAUUUGCACCGUUUACGUUAGACAUAUCAGGUUCUCAAAAUCUUGUGCAUUUGUUGUUUCCAGGGCAUACAGUAAUAUAUACAUAUUUAGCUGUAGGGUAAAGCAUUAAAAUAAUACAAACAGUCAUAAAGGCUUAUGAACCAUACAACCCCUACCAAAUGAAAAACUAACUGGCAUACAUACACAUCUCCUCCUCCAUUACAUUAAUCUUAUGUUGCAUCUGUUUGAAAAAACUCAUACUCUGUCUACCCUCACCCUACACUUAUUUAUAGUAGUUAAAUUAAGCUGUAAGAAUGGUUUCCCAUUAAGUGGGGUGGAGGUUGGGGUAAGGUUGGGUGGGGUAAGGAGGGGUAGUGGCUAUGGAUGGAUGAGUAUGAUAUGAAGUACUUGCGUUAGAAGUCAGGUAAGUCCUUGUCCAUCUAUUAUGGGUUGCGGUUAGUUUACCUGAUUGUGCUGCAACCGUAUGUGUAGCUGUGACCUUUUCUGCUGGUGUUGUGAUAUCACUUUGGUAUGCACGCAGGUCAUUCGUUUCGGUUGUUUCUAUAGGACCUUGUAGUAGAAUUGUAUUUGAUUAUGAAGGUAGUCUCUCCGUUGUGUUUGAGUUCCCAGAUCUGUGGUCAUCCUUUAUCCGAUGUUGUGGAGAAGUUGGGUCGUGGAGUUUCACAGUCCUGUGUUUCAGGUCUGAUGUGUCCGGCAUUGUCGUUUCCUUUUGGGUUGUUCUUCCAGAGGUUUGAUUGUUCAGGAACUUUUCUUUCCGUUAGGUGCUGUUGUAUUCGUGAGGGGGUUUCUUCAUUGUAAUAUUAUUUAGGAUGGUGUCUCUUUAGGUCAGCCAGGAUUCUGGGAUGUUAUAAUGAGUACCGUGUCUGUUUAGCGGGGAGACCGGUCUGCCUGAAUGGGGGUGUCUCUGGGUUGAGGUGGUUGUGCUUCAUGUCUACGACAUUUUGUUGGUGUUUGCCACCUCGCUCUUUGUUGGCGUGGUUGGUGUGGCUGCAUCAGGACAGGACAAGUAGGUUAAAUGCUGAGGUAAAUACUGCUACGUCUGCUGCUGACGUAAGAGUUGCUGUUACUCCGUUGCUUGAGGCCAUAAGUGAUAGUAGGAAACCCCAUCUGUAUCUAAUAUUUCUAGUUCGGAGUACGUCUGUGAGGGGUUUCAGCAUUCUUCUAGCCUGUAGCGUCAUCCAGGAAAGGUCUGGAUAUAUUUGGAUUGGAGUACCUCUGUAUAGGAGAGGUUGGGUUGUUUGGCGGAAUUCUUUUAGGAUUUCUUCUUUGACAGUAAAAUAAUGUAAUCUGCAAAUGACAUCCCGGGGGUAAUCCGAUGAGGUGCUUCUUGCUUUUAAUGCUCUAUGUGCCCUGUCUAGGAGAAUAGGUUCAUUGGUUUCUUGGUUAAGUAGGCAGCUAAAUAUCUCUUGUAGUAUACUUCAAAGAUUUUCUCCCUCGGUUUCUGGAAGGCCCUUUAUUCUCAAGUUAUUACGACGCCCCCUAUUGUCUAAAUCAUCUAAGGCUCUGUACAUUUAUGCCAUUUGUAUGGUAUGUGCGUCUACAGUCCCUUGUAGUUGUUGGAUCUGUGUGGAAAUGUGGUCUUGAUUAUCCUCUAGUGCACUGACUCUGUCUCCCACCUGUUUGAUGUUAGUGUUUAUGUCCUCCAUCUUUUGAAUGCUGACUUCCGUUUAGAGUUCCAUAGUUUGGGCGCUAAACAACGCUGGCCACCCAGCAUUUGUCAAUUAAGCUGCGGUUAACCGCAGCUUCUGGGAGGUAAAUUGCCGACACACUCCAGCUCCCAGGUGGUCCAGUCAUUAGUGCAUUAGUUCGGUAGAUUGAAUCUACUGACCGCCGGGCAGAAAGGCAUGAAUAAGCAUUUUCUGCAGAGGAAAAGAAGGCUUUUUUUUUUUUAACAUGGAGCCAUAGUCCAGAGGCAACAGGCGGGCAAACCAGGCUUCUCCAAUGCAAUGUGGCGAGAUUGCUCUUGUCACAACUAUACAUAGUCAUUUACAGUUCCUAAUUGGAAAAUGAUCAGAAUUGUACUUUUCAAGCUAAAGAAUGGGAGUUUGUGAUUGCCUUUUGUCUGACCAUAGUCACCCGGUAUAAUAAAUACCUUGGAAAUAAGUGGAGCGCAAACAGAAUAAAUAAAUGGAAUGAGCCUCUAUAUACCACCAAAAGUAUAAAUAGCAAAAUAUAGUUAUGUUGAAUGGUUCUCGAUGGAUAGAAUAUCACCAUUGUGAUCCUUGUUUGCAGGUAGCACGGUCCUCUAGGGUAAACAAUAGGCACAGUCCUUGUAAUUGCAUAUACUCCAGGCACUUUAUUUGUAAAUUCACACAGGAUACAGCAGUAAAUGAAAACAUAAAUGUAACACAAAACCCUAUAAACAAAAACCUAGCUCGCCUGAGCACUAACUGACAUUAGGUUCCCUAUCUCUCAGGGUUAAACUAAACAAAACAAUAUUGCACCAACCUUAUUAGAUAGCAACACUCUGCUAGCUAGCCUGUUGAGUUCCUUUCCUGCACUCCUAGUGCUCCAAGCCAGCCUUGCCCUGACUGCUUUCCUUUCUGCACUCCCAGUGCUCCAAGCCAGCCUUGCCCUGACUGCUUUCCUUUCCGCACUCCCAGUGCUCCAAGCCAGCCUUGCCCUGACUGCUUUCCUUUCCGCACUCCCAGUGCUCCAAGCCAGCCUUGCCCUGACUGCUUUCCUUUCCGCACUCCCAGUGCCUCCAAGCCAGCCUUGACUGCUUCCUUCUGCACUCCCAGUGCUCCAAGCCAGCCUUGACUGCUUCCUUUCUGCACUCCCAGUGCUCCAAGCCAGCCUUGACUGCUUCCUUUCUGCACUCCCAGUGCCUUGUCUCCUUGACUCUAUCUGGAGAGAACAGCCUCUCUCCUACCUGCUUCCUGGGAGGAAUCCAGCAAUCCAUCUCCUUUACCUGCCUAGCAGGGAGGUGUUUAUUCCCACUGCAAUAGCUCAUUAACUGCAGCUGAGCAGUGGGUUGGAGACGGUCCAAAAAACCCUGGCUUGGAUCUAUGUCUCCCCAGAAAACCACUAAACUGUGGAGUGGAGCAUUGGCCCACCCUUCUCUCCAAAUGCUCCACCCCAGGGGCCCAUAACUAAACAAAGCUUUGGGUUGUGCAACACACAAACUACACGUACUUCCCCUGGGGUUAAAAGGCCUAUCUGCCUUCACUUUAUCACACCAUGUAAAGGAAAAGAGCACAGAUACCAAAUAAUCGUUUAUUAUAUCAAUAUCAAUGUAGCACCAAUAAGUAUCACACUGCUAUAUCAAUGUAGCACCAAUAAGUAUCACACUGCUAUAUCAAUGUAGCACCAAUAAGUAUCACACUGCUAUAUCAAUGUAGCACCAAUAAGUAUCACACUGCUAUAUCAAUGUAGCACCAAUAAGUAUCACACUGCUAUAUCAAGGUAGCAUCUAUAACUAUCACACCGCUAUAUUGAUAUAAUGCACGAUUAUUUGGGAUCUGUGCUGUUUUCUUUUACAUGGUGAUAUUGUAACCAUCGAGAACCAUUGAGAACCAUUCAACAGAAAUGCAAUUUUUCUAUUUACACUUUUGAGUGUAUAUAGAGGCUCGUUGCAUUUAUUUAUUCUGUUUGCACUUUUUAUUCAUUCAAGAAAUGUUUUUAUUCAUAUCAAUUUGCAUACAUUUGCAGUAAGAGGUGCAAACAUGUUACAGUAUAAGCUGGUGCAGGACAAUAGUGCUGUAUUACAGUGCAGUAAGGUUAAUCAUGAUUGCAAUAAUGUGAUUGCAGAACUUAAGUUAACUAUGUAGAUCAUAUCAAUUUGCAGACAUUUGCAGUUAAGAAUGUGAACGUAUUACAGUAAAAUAUGGCAUCCGAAAAUAUUACAAAAGGUUAUUGCAUGCAUGAAGGGUGAACGCAAUUGCAUCAAACUUAAAAUAACGGAACCUCGUUGUGGUUAUGCGUACAUAACCCCCCCCCCCCCAAAAGUAAAAUAUGCAGCACUAUCAGUGGUAACUUCAGGUAGAGGCAUUAAUACUCAUUUAAAAACACAAAAAUGAUAUGAGUGCAUACAUUAUAGGUAUAGCGAAUAACUGGAUGAAAUUAUGUGGGAUUUUGUGUGUGAGAAAUCUCCUGUUUACAGCAGUGCGUCAGGCCCACCGUCUAUCCAAAGUAUAUAUGUUUAGGAAGAAAGUCCUAUUACUAGAGCUCGAUACAGCGUAAGAAGUCAUACAUGUUAAAUUCCAUGUUAAUAUUGGAAGCGUGUACUAUUAUCCGGUGUAUUGCUGAUUAGUAAGUCUAAAUAAAAAAAGUGUAAUACUUAGAACUAAAUCAAUAUACUAGAUUACAGUUAUAAACAUUGAGCCUUUAAUAUGCGCAAGAAAAAGUAAAGAGCAUAAGUAGCUUGUAUGUUAGUUAAUAUCUGUGAGCCAGUGGUGGCUGGUAACUUAUCGUGUGGCAGAAGCGAUGUCUUUAACUAGGCUGUAUAAUCUACCCUAUUCUGCUGCUGGUGUUGUGGAUCUACGGCUUAAACUGUGUGUCAGGUUUGUAGCGGUGUAAUCUCCCGCAAAAGAUCAGGACAGUUGUAAUGCGAUAAAAUAAAAAGAAAGGAAAAGGGAAAAAAGGCGGGGUGCCCCCUAGAAUAAGGAGGGACCUGUGGGAUAGGGCCCAACGUGAAGAUCCCUAGCCGAGUCCUCUCAUGGACUCCAGGGGCAUAUGCAAUGUUACCCGACACCAGGUAAAGCCCACCACCAUGAGCUUCUUGGCACAGCGGGCACUCGAAGGACCCUCCAGUCCAUGAAAGCCCUCUUUCCUAGAGUCCACCAACUGAACGGCCUCUGCACCUCCACUGUCCCGGCAGAGUCUCAGUAUAUGAGAUAGGACACCUCUGUGGGCCCCCUCUAUGGCCGGCCACUCCUCCAAAGCAUGGGCCACACGACCCCACGGCUACCGGCCCCACAUUCCACCCCGGCCGGGCUCACAGCAAUGGGGAGCAACACCCUCCAGGCCUCCGGAUAACCUAGAGGUAGAGGUCAUCGCUGUCCAACCCGAGACAGCCUGAUUUUCAUGGUGCCACUCGAGGCACCUGAGUGAUGCGUGGGCAGUUUCCUGGGUAAGUAUGUUGAGUCAUCUCAUCCAUUCCCUGGUAAGGCAAGAAGGGAGUGUUCACAGUGUGCGUGCUGCCUCCCAGUCCGUGGCUGGUUGCAUAGGGGCAAAGCUGUAUCCAACAUCCAGCAAAAGCAGGCUGAGAACAAUUAACUCGUAAGUGGAAACUUGCAAUUCAAAACCAGGAAACAGGUGACCGGGAUAACCUCCCUGGUCCUAGGGGGAGUGCGGGGCCGCAGCGUGGUCUCUCUGGUCGCUUUUUGCAAAUUGGGAAAGACAGGCACCGUCAGAUCAUGAUAGUACAUGGAGCAUGUGCCGAGCAUUUCCAGCAUCAGCAAUAGGCAGCAAGCUCAUGUCAUCAAGUAGGCUAGAGGCAUCAGAUUCCUCAUUUUUGUGGGGUCGUCAGCCACCGACUGGUCUCCUUAUAAAGCUUACUGGUUCCCCUGUUCAGAUAUAUUAUUUUGAGGGGCAGAUGGUCGGUUUAUGAGUGGUAAAUUAGUGUUUAUUUAGGCUCAGGACUGCAGCUGCACGAGAUGGCUUCCUUUCAGCUCGACGGUCCAUCCCUGCCCCCUUCACUUUAUUUUCAUCUGUAUUUUAAGUGUGCUGCAGUUGUUAUCUGGAGGCACAGCACUUAAUUGUGUAGCAGCUUUUUAUAUGUAUUAGUGUACAUUACAUUUAUAUAUACAUUUUUCUUCAUUUGCAAUUUAAGGGAGAUUAUCCAUAUUUUUACCCAUUUUUUAUUUGCCCCUUUGAAUGCCUUUUUAGCGCUUUUUGCAAUAUUUCAAAUUACUUUAUAAAUACCUCGCUCUGCCCAUAUACUGACUGACAUUUAUGCUAGAAGAUACCGUGACGAAGUGCCCUUCGCCACUUGUCCUGGAGAGGCCUACUUGCCAGCCUCCUCCCCUGUGACUAUGACUCUUUCAUCUCUCUGGCUUUAAAGCCCCUAGUCUACCUUCAGACAGACUAUUUAUGUGGGCUGCUUUAUUUAUCCUAUGUUUUAGUCACCCUGUACCCAUUAUAGGUGCAGGGUGUGUGUAAUGUAAUUGUUUAUAGUGUGUGUGUGUGUACUGUGUAAUGUAUUGCCUGCUCUCUUGUAUUGCUGAGGUUUGCUACCAACUAGGUGGGUUUGGCUAUGGAGCUGGUCUAGUGCCCUCUGUUGGUAGCAACAGCAAUAUGCACUACCUGAAUUGCAAGACUGGUUCAUUUGCAUAUUCGGGUAGAUUUGCAUAUUGCUAAUUCUGCAGGCAGGUGAGAUAUUUACUGUUAAAUAUUGUCUCCCCCCACCCCUUUAAAAUGUGCCAUUGUGUUGUGAUAAGUCACUGUGUGUUUCUUGAUAUGGUUUGACUGUUUGUGAUUUUAUUGAGGUUUCACAACAAUGUUAUUGUGGUGACUGUAUUGGCUGGUCCCAAGGGAAUAAAGGUUUUGACAGUUCUUCUUGAUCCCUCUAAACGUAGCCUUGUCUCGUUAUUGGAGGGAGCUGUUAUAAUCACACUGGGGAUUGCUAUGCUCUGCAUGCUCCCCUGAGCUUGAAUCACUUAGCUCUUUUAAGAGCUUGUUCCUGACACGCUCUCCUUGGAGGAGGGGUCUUCACCACACAGUCCUGGAUGCUGGAGGUUCGUACAGGGUGGAAGGAAGAGUUCUUUCCCACACAGUCCUGGAGGACAGAAGCUGAUCCAGGGUGGAAGGAAGACGGCGAGACUCCAGUCAAGAUACGGCAGUUGCGGAGUCUGCGGUGGUUGCGGUGUCUGCUGCAGUGCUUGGAGUCCUCAGGAAGCGCUAGGAGCAUCCGUCAACGGAGGGUACUCAGUCGGAGUACAAGGAGCUCCGUUAUAGAUACAGUAACUUGGACCUCAGCUGAAGCCACUUUUCUGAGUGGAGAAUGUUCUGAUCACAAACAACUUAGACCACUUUCUUGGGUGACAAUAGUCCUUAUAUCUGUGCUAUCUAUGGCUCUCAAUAGGCGAUAAAGGUUUAAACAAGUUAAUAUAUGUUAUGUACAAUGUAAAACUUCAUCAUAAAACCUAAUUAAACAUUUAUUAAUUUUUCUCUAGUGGUGCCAAAAGUACAGAUCUUCUCUUCAAGAAGAGGUGAAGACCAGGAACAGGUCUUCUUCUGCGAUGUUCAAGGCUUUUACCCCGAGGCCAUGACAGUAAACUGGCUACUAAACAGAAGAAAGAUUGAGAUCCCCAGUAAAAAUGCAGAUGGCAGUUUUAAUAAGGAAAGUUACUACCGCGUCCAGUCUUCACCUGAUAACCAAGUAACAAAUAUCUCCUGUGAGGUGCAACAUGAAACAUUGAUGGAUCCCGUGAUCAAGACAUUGAGACUGCCACGGGAGGGUGAGUUAAUGGUAAAGUAUUCAGCUGGGAAGGAUCCAUGUAGACUAAUAUUAUUAUCCAUUAUAUGCAUCUACAACUCGCUAUGAUGAAAUAUUUAUUAAACUUACCCAUUAACCUUCCCUACAUUCCAGCUUCAGCAAUCUUUGUGGAUUGUAAUGGUUUGCUAUUGGUUAAGUCUAUUUGCACACCACCACCGUCACACACAGCCUCCCCAUGUGGCAGAGGUUUUAGGUUAUAAUAAAUCAAAUGAGACCUGGUCGAUGACCUCCACUCCAUGUGUGGAGAAUAGACUUUUAAAAUUUCGAUUUCGGUUGAUGUCUGAUUUGGUUUGGCUGAAAUUUGGCCAAUACUUUCAUUUUGGUAUUUUAAUUCAGUUGAUUGGAAUGCAGCGGUUACCUCCAAAUCUUUUAGUGGUUUAGAUAAGUAAAUACAUCCCUUAUUUAGUACUUUAGUUUUAUGUGGGAUAUCAGUAUUUAAGGGUACCAAAUUAGGUAGGGAAGUGAGUUUCGUACAUAGCUUCCUAUUUUGGUAUGGGUAAAUAUGUCAAUCAUACAAAAGCAUACCAAAUUAGAGCGUUAUCUACUAAACAGCUGAAAGAUUAAAAUUAAGAAAAACCCUUUAAAAACCAUUUACUUGAUUACCUUAUGCCAGCGCCGAUGGCCCUCAGCACUGGGACAACGAUCCACCCCCUCCAAAGUCCUGUGAUGAGCAGAUGCUAAUGCACAUGCUCGGAAAAUGCAGCAUGUGCGAAUUAGACCUCAUUGAAUCAAUUCUUUCCUAUUGGGAAAAAUCUGACGCUAGAUAUCCUCAUGCAGAGCGUGAGCUUAAGGUCCCUUUUGAUGCAGGAUGCACCUCCAAUGGUUGUCUGGUAGACAGCCACUGUGUGCAAACUAAGUUCAAAAGGGACACUGUGACCCAACCACUUCAAUUUGCUGAAGUGGUCUGGGUGCCUAUAGUGUCCCUUUAAGUCAAGUAACCAGAGGCUUGUCAGUUGUAGAUCUCAUAUAGAAAGCCAUUAAAAAAAAUAUUAAAUACAAAUUAAAUGAUUACCUACUGCUCUCACAUUUCUUGCAGAUGAGGAUGAGUUGGGGAGCAGCACUACCAGUCUCAUGGCAGCCAUCUUGGGAUCCUUUCUUGUAACAGUAGCUGUGUCUCUCGCUGUAUUUUAUAAGAAGAUAUACAAGGAUAGAGGUAAUAAUUCUUCUUUUUCUUAUACUCUAUUAAAUAUAUAUGUAUAUACACACACACAUACAUUAUAAUCAAAAUAUAAAUAAUAAUAGCUUUAAUGUUAUAGUGUGCUCCCUCCUAAAACUUACUGGAUGGGUACAGGGCUGGUUGAGAGCAUAUAGAAGAUCAGACCAAGCUAGUAAUACUGUAUACAGAGCACUGCGAGUCUGGGAUUUGUAUUUGAAGUUGGUUAGAGAGUGCGUUAAACUACUUGGGUGAGAAGACACGAAGAUUUGUUUGUUACUCUUGAGGUCAAAAAGUAAAUGACCACAUUGUAUGAAGUCUAUCGAGAGCUUAGACUAGAUAACUGAAACUGUCUCAAUAGACCAUCUGGAAGAUACAUUUUAAAAGCCAAUUCUUUGACGGACCAAUUUUCUUUUGUUUUGUUCACGGUUGAAUAACUAUUGUUAAAACUCUAAAUGAACAGGAAUGUUGAUAAACUCUUACAGUCAGUUAUACUGCCUACAUUUGCCAUAAUAUAUAUUGCUGAAUGAUCAAACACUCUGUAUUGUACUUCUAAUUACUUGACAUUACCAAGAAAAAGUAUUUGGGGGAAAAAAAGCCAAUUCUUCACAUUGGACCAUCCUGGAGAUAUCGAAGACUAAAACCUAAACUCCUAACAUGCAGUUUACCUGGAGUUUGGUCCAAGCUCUAUGUUAGUAAGUAACACGUUAUGAAUUCUGUAAAGAGUAAUUUAAGGAAAAAGCUGUAAAUGUGGAGCAACUACCAUGGAAACUAAUGGACUAUUCCUGACGAUUUCUUCACAUUAAAAUGAUCAACAUAAUGUUUAAUCUUCAUAUAAUAGUUUCAUUUAUGUUCAUAUAUAUCUUGGACUUUUCCACAACAGUUAUUUAAAUUAUAAUUUAUUUCUAUUUGUAGCACAGUGAUCAGUAAAUAUACUGAAGGAUAUACCUUUAAAUAUACUAAUAGGAGGUAAUAUAAAAAAAUAAAUAAAAGAAAAACAAGCAAUCUUUUUAGGACCAUAGCUGCUCUCGUUUUUCGUUUCAAUAAAUAUAACAGGGCAUUUUCUUUGGUUAUUUGUUUCGUUAUUAAACGUGAGGGGAAACAUAUUUUGCUUUCACAGAACAUUUGAUGAAUUCUAAAAUGUUAGUCAAUGUUGACUAAAGAUUUAGUAAAAUGAACUAUAAUACAUUUGCUCAGUUCUCAUCUAUUGUAAGGAAACCUAGUAUAUUCAAUCCUCAUUCGGUAGUUUCCUCCCGAACCGCCAGAGUAUAGCUCUCCGUUCGGUAGAUAGAAUAGACAAAAUCCAUAUGAAUACAAAUAGCUUUACAAGAUAAUUCCCUUAAUAAAUACAAAUCCCCAAACAUCAGCCGAACUCAAGAAGAAGGGUACAACAGAACUGGCUUUUAAUGACCACACGCAGGCUUUUAUUCAAGUCCCCAUGCAAGGGGACAUCCCACAGGGAGGGACACAGUACAACCAAUCAAUAACAGGAAACAGUAAAACACACCCAGCACAAACAUAUAAUUCCCUCCCCUAGUUCUGGAGAUAAUCAAGUCUGAUAAAGUAAUAACUUGAUUAUCUCCAGGCAGAAAAAUCACAAUUUUUCCCAAUAUCCAGAACACCCCUUUAGGCAUAUGGUAUCCCCACAAAUAAUAUGUCCCCUGAUAGCCCCGAUCUGGGUGACCAACAUAUUCAAAUUUCACCCAUAUCGGUUCAGGGGUUUUCAAAAAGUGUGGAAGUCCUUUGUGACCGGCUAACCGCGAGGUGGCUGCCCAAAACAGUUCCAGGAGUUUGGGUGGUUUUGCCGGUCUAUUCAGUUAAGUGGCAAAAAAUGAAUAAUUCCACAAAUGGAUUCCCCUGGCUCUUAGCAGCGAUUGUUCCCCUCAUUCGAAUGCACAAAAGUACCAAAUAGUGCUCUUCUAGCUAUUCGGGAAAUAGAGAUCCAGCGUUUGCUUGUUGAGACCGGUGUCCGGGAAGUCGAGUGUCCGAUUUUAGUUCCAGGCACUCGACGACCAAGUCCCGCUGCCUUUGUUCGCCUGAAAAAAGAUGGCCGCCGUUUUCUCAGCCACGUGGCGUUCGGUAGUACGAACGCUGGCCGAACAGAUAGAGGGUUCAAUUGAAGCAUUCUUUGAAGUUUAACAAGCCAGGGGGUGGUCUCUGUUCAGUAGUUAUAUCUACCGAAUGAAUAUGGAAGAAAUAGUAGCAUAAAGAGGGAUUUCUUCACAUCUAUAGUUUGUGAUGCUGAGUUCUACAGGUUUGGAACAUGAUCAUUCUCUUCCAUAAAUUGGUCAACUAUAUUUCUAUCUUUUACCUCUUUAAUAUUUUUUACCUCUUUAUAUUUUUUCAACAGGCUUCCAGCAGUUUCUAGUGAGCCCAAUAUACAUGCCUGAGAUGUGGGGUGAGGAUAGAAAGGUCACCCUGUAUUGUACGGCUUCCAACUGCCCAAAGAAGGUCCAGGUGACAUGGACUGUGACCGAUGCUGAUGGACAGAGCGUCAUGAUGUCAGAUAGAGAGAGUGAGAAGGAGAAGUUACCGAGUGAUUAUACUGUAAGAACUGACCAAUCACAGGCUGAUGGACAGAGCUUCAUGAUACCAGAUGAAGUGAUUGAGAAUGAGAGGUUACUGAGUGAUUAUACUGUAAGAACUGACCAAUCACAGACUGACAGGAUGCACAAUGUUAUCACUGCGCUAAACAUCACACCCAGUGUAUCAAAACACAGAGACACGAAGAUUGUCUGUAAGUUUAUCUGUGAUGGGAAAACCAAGGAGAGAAAAAUCAAAUGGAAAUUUCAACUACGUAAGUCAAAUGUUUCUUUAAAUACAUACUGUAAUGGAGCUAAUUGCACAUGCAGAUUUAAUCUUAAUGUAAUUCUGAAGACUGUUUCUGUAAGGAAACCUUGUAUAUCCUACUCCCAUUCUGUAGUUUCCUCCUGAACGGCCAGAGUAUCAGUGAUUAUAACUCGCUGUUCGGUUGAAUAAAGUAAGCGAAUUCCCAUACGAAAUAACAGCUUCCCAAGUAGAUUCUCCCAGUAAAGCAGACAGUUACCCAAACAUCAGCCGAAGUCUAGAUGAAGGGUGUAACAGAACUGAAGUUUUAUGAUGCCACACUGGCUUUUAUGCAAGUCCCCGUGCAAGGAGACCUCCCACAGGAACAUAAAUCAUGCAGCCAAUUAUAAACAGAGAAACACUUAAACACUCCCAGUACAAACAUAUAAUCCCCUCCUCUCUGCCUGGAGAUUAUUGAGGCUGAUAAAGUAAUAACUUAAUUAUCUCCAGGCCGAGAGGAGAGUUUUACCCAACUUUUAAAAUGCACCCUAAAACAUAAGGUAUCCCCACAAAAGUCAUAUCCCCUGAUAGUCCUGAUCUGGGUGACCAACAUAUCCAAAAAUCACCCAGAUCAGUUCAGGGGUUUUCGAAUUUUAUGGAAGUCUUAGAUGACUGGCUAACCACGAAGCUCCUGCCCAAAACAGUUUUGGUGGUUUUGCCGGUCUAAUUCGAAAAGUCUAAAAAACUGAAUAAAUCCACGAACAGUUUCCCCUGGCUCCUAGCAACGAUUGUGCCCCUCAUACCAAUGAACAAAAGUACCAAAUAGCGCUCUCCUAGAAGUUUGGGAAACAAAGAUCCAGCGUUCGUAUGUUGGGACCGGUGUUCGGGAAGUCGAGUGUCCGAUUUUAGUUCCAGACACUCAACAACCAAGUCCCGCUGCCUUUGUUUGCGCAAACAGGGAGAGGGCUUAAACGAUGGUUCGCUUUGAAGUUAAUGAGCCAGGGGGGUGGUCUCUGUUCAGUAGUUACAGCUACCGAAUGAAAUAACAUACAAUAACCGAAAUAACUUUGUGAUUUCUUCACAGUUUCUAUUGAGAUACCUUCCAUACAUCGAUCCUGUGUCCCUGUCUGUAACUACCUGUAGAGUGUUUAUAUUUCAUAGAGUUUAAAAAAUGUUGUGCAAACCCACACCAAAUAUAAUACCGGAAAUUGCGAAGAUUUUUAAAAUGUUAAAAUGUUCCAAAGACGUACUGACCUAGAUGUAGGUUUUUAUGGUGACUUAUGAGGCUUCCCUUUUUGUUUGUUCCUUGUUUUUUCACAAGUUAUCUGUAAACUGUUGAUCACCAUCUAAUAGUCUAGUAAACAAGAUUGUGAGCUAGGUGUCCAGUAAUCUAGAUAAUCAGUUAGUAGUUAGUUUGUGUUCUAGAUUACUAGCUAGUAGUAUUGACCAUCAACUAAGUAAAUGUCUGUUAUAUUUUACAUUCUCUUUGUGAUGCACUUAAUUUAUUAACCUUUAUAAUUGUUUCAAAUACCCCAAAUAAUCUGUAUCAAAAUACACUGAAAUACAAGGAUAGAUAGAUAUAUUAUUUAUUCAAUUUAGAUUAAUCUAGACCUAAACUUCUACAUAUUUGAUACAUUCAUACAUACAGAAACAGUAUGGCCCAUUCCAAUCACUGGUGAUCUUUUAAAAUAAAUGAAGAAAUUGUGGGAUCAAAUUUUGAUAUCCCAAUCAUUACAGAUUCCGUUGAUUCUGCUUUAUUUCCCAGCAAAACCCCAGAUAGCGGAUGAGAAUCCUAUUAAACUAUCGUUGUGUGACUCGGGUGACGUGCUCUGCUCGGCCAGUCUGCAGAACUUCAGUCCUAAAGAUAUUCAGAUCACAUGGAGCUGUGGAGUUGGACAUUACCAGGAUCUGGAGACGUUUAAGGAGACAGUUAUAGUAAAUUCCCAGCAGACGUUUGAUGCCGACAGUGAAUGCAGGAUUCCUGGUGACCUAUUUAAAGAGCCAGGAUUUAAAGUACGCCUCCACUGGAGACACGAAUCCAUGGAUGGACCUAAAUGGAGGGAAGUGUCUGCGACAGGUAAUGAUUCCAGUAUUUGCACUUUUACAAUUGCUACUUUUUUCAAGGGUUACUCCAUUCCUUUUUUGGGGGGUUGUGGGGGGGGGGGGAAAUGUUUUACUAUUUAAAGUAUUUACUAAUGGAAUCCAGUGCUCGGCGAAGCUCCCAGUACUGCCUUCCAUGCCUCCAAUCGAUGUCACCCAGGUGCCUCGUGUGGUUCAAUCACAGGCUUCUUAGAGGUGGUGGAGAAAUUGGGAUGGAGAGAAAAAUAUAUAUAUAUAUAUGUAUAUAAAAAAAAGAAGCAAUAUCGAGCUGAUAGAGAGGCGUGGAGGGCUCAGAAAAUUGAAGGAGGAACAGGACAUUCAUGCAUUCCCUUGCAGGCUCUGCCAACAAGGGAAAAGUCCAAUACAUCCUUUGCCAGGAGGCAGUGUGCAACUGACAACAGACGCAUUGUAUGCACAGAAUUUACAGACUUCCGGGCUGCCAAGGUCAUAUGUGCUGGGAUGUUAAUAGCCCCCUGCACACCUGCCCAGAUUACUCUGUAUGUUCAGCGUUUCCAUCUGCACAUAUCACUGAUGUGAUCAUGCUGGUUGGAGUAACCCUUUAAACAAUAAGCAAAACUGAUGUAAUGAAAAGAUGAUAACAAUUGUAAUUCAGACUGCUUGCUCUGUUUGUGAAUAGCACCAAACACUAAAAGAGCAGUGGUGAAACAUGUUCCUCUUGAACCAGGAACAUUAAAUUAUCAUUGACCCAGUCUGUAAAUAGUCUAUUAGCGGAGGAAGAGGAGACCCUUAGACUUUUGCAAUACCUUUCAGCUGCAUUGAACGAUUCAAAUGCCUGUCAAUCAAUGGAUGAAUUAAUCAAUCAGUUAGUCAAACCCAGAACAAAAACUGGUUUGUUAAUCCUCUUACAGUUUGGGCAAUUUCUAAUGUUUUAUUAUAAUUGUCAUUUAAAAUGGGUAUAUAGACUCAAAUGUUAUGAUUAUGUUUAGGCAUAUUCAUUGGCGUGUUUUAUAUACCUGUUUUGUAUGUUUGUCAAAUAGGUUCAAGGAAACCAUCAAAAUAGACAAUCUAUUAUGGAUCCCCAUAAUAUUUAACAGCAAAAAUGUCCCCAAUUUAAAAUUUAAUUUACUCCAAAUAAUCAGACUAUUAGUCUAUUGAUGUGUGUGGGGUAGUAAACACUAUAACAAGCCAUCAAGCCAGGUCAGUUAGGAGUUAGAAGGAGAAGAAGGCCUGAGAAUGUAACAUCCAGUCAGGUACUUGUAAAGUGUUUUGUAAAUAAAUAAAUUGUACAUGUUAUGUGUAAACUGUUAGUUUUUUUUUAUGUUUAAAGGGACAUUAUAGUCACCUGAACAACUUUAGCUUAAUGAAACAGUUUUGGUGUAUAGAACAUGCCCCUGCAGCCUCACUGCUUAAUCCUCUGCCAUUAAAUCCCUUUGUUUAUGAACCCUAGUCACACCUCCCUGCAUGUGACUUACACAGCCUUCCUAAACACUUCCUGUAAAGAGUCAUCUAAUUUUUACACUUUCUUUAUUGUAAAUUAUGUUUCAUUUAGAAUGUAUUAUCUCCUACUCUGCUAAUAGCUUGCUAGACCCAGCAGGAGCCUCUUGUGUGUGAUUAAAGUUCAAUUUACAAAACAGGAGAUAUAAACAGUUCCACCAGACUCUGUGCCAGCAGCUGAUUGGAGCCCUGGGGCUCUCCCCAAUCUCCUGUGAGGUAAGUUAGAUGAGGCAUACUGUCAGGAAUCUUUAUUCGUUUAUUACUGGCCCUUCCAGACGGCAUAUGAAAGAACACACCCCUUGGUUAUUUAAACUCCGAUCUCCAACACCUCAGUGCACAAUUAAUGUGUUAAUCUGAUUGAUUGCAUCAACUUCCUUGCUAAUCAUUGGGAUCACUCCUAGAGAGACCGUGUGUUCUAUCACCAGACCCGUUCAGAAUCUCCUCUUCAUACCCCUAUAUAUUUGAUUACCUGGUUAACUAAUUCGGACCGGCCUUGACUCUGCUUUUGGAAUUUCUUUCAAUACUGCUUGAUCUCCUAUUGAACGACCUCGGACUGGAUAAAGGGCAUUGCUUAUGGACUAACCCUGGACACAUCACCUAAACUUCUAAUUUCAAGGACUGUCAGUUUAUCUCUCUGCUUUGCUGCCACAUCAGUUUGCCGUGCUGAAACUGCCUCAAAAUAAAAAGUGAGUGGUUCUUAUUUUUUUGUUUGGCAUUUGUUAAAGAAAAAACAUGACACAUACGGUAUAGUAGGUGCAGAAACUAAAAAACAACAACAUGGCUCUCAGUCUCUGCAAAAAUGCAAGACAAAUGCGAUCAAAUGCCUAAAGUUAUGGUGCCCAAAGUGCACUUGUUGCUUCCAUUCUGCCUUAAUAGGAGCAUCCGCCAUCUUGGAAUCACCAGGUCAGUAUAAUGUAGGUUUGAGAGAGUAACCUGAGAGUAGCCACAACAUAGUCAGUGUAGACUGGGAUAACCUCCACCGACCCAGAGCAGGGGAACAGAACACGGUGAAUAGCUGGAGGACUACAAUACAGAGAAUUUUCAAUUCUGCAGCUUCAUGCACUGCAGCAGACAUUAUAUAUAAUAUAUUAUAGUAUUAAAUAUAUAUUUUUGGGUGUUUGUCAAAUACAUAGGUGUCAAGGCACAGCUUGGCAUACAAUGUAAAUCACAGGAAUACUAUAAGCUCAUACAAUGCCAUACUGCACAUGCUUUCUCAUGGUCUUUACCCAAACAAGUAUUGUGUAUGUUCAGUAUAUAAUUAGACAAAGCAGCCAAUCACCAGAAAAGCAUCUGAAGUAAAUGUGUUUUUAUUUAUAGUGUUUUUGUAAUACUUUAGGAAAAAUUUAUUUGGAACUCAACCGCAGGUGGAUGAAUACAUUUGAUAGUGUCAAUUUAAGAAAAUAUAAUUUAUUGAAGUGAAGUAAUUUAACUUUGGCAACCUUCUGCAGCAAUAAGAUUUGGAAAUAAUAAUGCAUAAGUAAUGGUAAUCUUGCUAGUAUUGUUUCAAAAUAGUUCAGUCUACCUUAGAAGCCAAGGUGCGAAAUUCUAUGGCAUAAUUUGAGAUAGACCGGUUCCCUUGUUUGAUAUGCAUUAGGGCAGUGGAGGCGUCAUCCUCCCUGCCUAAUGGUUUAAAGGUCAAUUUGAAGGAAUUCCUGGUAAUUAUGUUCAAUACUCCUAUUACUCUUCCAUAACGUAUUGGCCCAUGCUAAGGUUUUACCUUUAAGUUGGUUCAUUAGGUAAACCAAUCUUAGCUCUAUCCAAGGGAAAAGAUCAUGGUAAGGGCUCAAAAUUUUACUCAAUUUGAUUUAGAAAUCCCCGGCAUUCUUGAAUAUUAUCAUCAAAAUGUGGGGGAGGAGAUAGGGAAGUAGUAGUUGCCUUAUGUACUAUAGGUGUAGGUACAGUAGGCGGAGGUGACAUAGUCGGAGAAACCUCAGGAUGUAGAUGCAUUGUUAGAGUAAGAAGCAUACUGAAAGCCUGGGCAAAUUGAUCCAUACGAUGAUCAUUUACAUUACCCGCCACCUGAAGACUGCCCACCAGGCAGGCAGGACCCAGCUUGAGGGGAAACUUGGCAUGGAAAUAGCUAAUCUUGCGGCGUGGUUUUAGCAAAGAAACAUGAAAUGUAUUAGGAAUAUGUAAGGAGGCAGGGAAAGCCAAAGAAUAUGAAACAGGAUUAAUUCUAUGAAGGAUACAAAAUGGACCAAGGAAUCUGGGAGCAAACUUCAUGUUAGGAACUUUAAUUGUGAUGUUGCGCGAUGAUAACUACACCCUCUCACCCGUGCCAUUGGUUUGGGGAUGGUAAGAGGAAGAAAAUGACAAUUCAAUGCCCAACUGUUUAUUGAAAGUCCUCCAAAACCGAGACACAAACUGAGAACCUCUGUCAGAUACAAUAUUGUGAGGAAUGCCAUGUAGUCGGACAAUUUCUCAUACAAGUAAGAACCAGGUCUUGAGAGUAUGGCAACAAGACAUGUGCAAUUAGUUUCGGUCCGAAUUGCUUCUGAAUGUCCCAAUUGUCGAAGUGCCGAAUUUUGGAAGUGCUGAAGUGCCUUGGAUUUCUGAAAAGUGGCAAAACAGGAGAGGGAGGAAAAAUUAAAGAAAUUAUGACCGGAAUAUAACCCUACCCCUAUAGGGGUAGGGUUAGGUUUAGGGGUAGGGUUAGCGGUAGAGGAAGGUUGGGAUUAGGGUUUGGAGUAAGGUUAGAGUGUCGGGGUUAGGGUAGAAUGCAGUUGGGGUAGGGUUAGGGAAUUCAAACACAAUAAAACAAAUGAAAAGAUGGCGCUAUCAAUAAAAUUAUAAAAAUAAAAAAAUAGGAGCAGCACCUAAACAGUGUAUUAGCCUGAUCCCUUGUAGCAUAAACGGUCCUGCUGCUGGGUAAGUGCAGUUUCCGGAUGGCCAAAAUGUUCCUGCAAGUUCCUAUUGCGGCUCUGUUCGCAAUCAGGCUACUUCCGGGAGGCGGGUUAAGCGUGAUGACGUAAGAUGACGCGUUUCACUGAAUUAAACAGCUUCCUCAGAUUUUUUAGUGUUAGGGAAUUGACAAAGUCCCGAAUUUCGCAAGUCCGAACCAAAUAUUUUGCCCAUGCAGAUCCCUAAUCGCAACUUUUUGAGCGGAACAAAAUGAGCCAUCUUGGAAAAGUCGUCACCCACCAUAAGGAUGGUGGUAUAGCCAUUAGAACAAGGAAGUUCCACAAUGAAAUCCAUGGACAAAUGGGACCACGGAACACUAGACAAGGGUAGUGGAUGCAAUAAUCCACAUGGAAGCUUAUAAGGUACCUUAGAAACUGCACACACAGAACAGUCCUGCACAUAUUCCUUAACUUCUUUUCUGAGAGAAUCCCACCAAAAUGAUCUCCUGAUUGUAGAUAUAGAUUUAUUAAUGCCUGGAUGUCAAGCAGUUACGUUGUUGUGGAACACCCUCAUGACCUUCUCUCUCAACCAACGGAACAAAUAAUUUAUCUAGUGGUUUAUUGCAUGGUGACUGAGAUUGAGCCUCCAUGAUGGCGCCAAGCAGAGGAGAUGACAAUGAAAGGACAGUGGAUGCGAUGAUACACUGAGGUGGAAUAAUAGGGGAUGUCUCUUGUUCCUGGACUGAUUCAGUAUCAAACUGUUUAGAUAAGGCGUCCGCCUUCACGUUUCUGGGACCAGGUCUGUAAGUUAUCAGAAAGUUGUAGGGAGAAAGGAACAAAGACCAUCUAGCCUGUCUAGAAGAUAGUUGUUUAGCAUCCCCUUGUGGCAAACCUAGCCACUUGGACUAUAACUAGAGACUAUGCCUUUAAGGGUUGCCUAUAGGUCUGGGGAGAUAUGCGCUUUACUCUUAUGUGUAUGCUUUAUGUAUUCUCUGCAUUGCCUGUAAUUGCCGUUUCCGCUGAAUGCAAAUGGCGGUUUGUAUGGGGGUUUCGUGAACCGAACGCAAUACCCCUAAUAGCCCACACACUUAGAGGCGUGUGGCGCUAGUUAACCGAUUGCAACAAUGUUGCAAUCGGUAAUUAGAGGCUCUCCUGGGUGGCCGUCGUUCGACUACCGACCAUGCGGCGGUCGGCCAUCUUGGAUCCUUUGUUCCCUCAGCGGUGCUAGGUCGUCGAGCGCAUGGUACUAAAAACGGCUACUCGACGGCACGAACACCACUGAGCCUCCAGGACGUUCGGGAGUUUCGGGUCAUUCGGUAUUUUGUUCCCUGCAAGCAAUCGGUUCUUUUUAUAUGUUUUAUAAGAAAUGUGUCUUUCGUGCGGCGUUCGGUUAUUUUAGCUGGGAUCUGAGCGGUAAUCUCACGAAUGAGGCGCUCAGACCCCAGCUAUCUACCGAACGUCCAUUCGUGUAAAUCCACCAUGUAUUCAACAAGUUAUGGAUUUUUGUGUAAAUUGUCGGUUCUGCUGCACGAGGGGAUAAUCCACUUAACGGUGCAUUCUGGGAAGAUGAUCCCUCUCGUGCAGCGGUGCCUGAUGGGAGAAAUAUGUUGUAAUGUAAGUCCCCCGUGUAGUCCCCUCUGGGAGUGCCCCUGGGGAGGGACUCAGGAAACCCCUUGCAUGGGGACUUGUAUAAAUUGUCCAGCCGAUUAAAAGGAUUUCAGUUGACUCUCAGAACUGUGUCUCGUCUAGUUACUGGGAGGUUGGGGAUAUUGCCUUGUUGUUUCAGCGCUUGACUGUGGAUUAUUUCCUGAACCAGCGGAAUUCGUGGAUUUAUUAUUGGCGUUCCGCUACACCCCUAUAUAAGUCAAAUUCUUGUGGUCCAUAAUGAUCAAAAGGGGGUCCUUGGAACCCUCUAAAAGAUGUCACCACUCUUUAAGCACUGGCAUAAUGGCCAAUAAUUCUCUGUUGCCAAUAUCGUAAUUACGCUCAGCGGGAGACAGCUUUCUAGAGAAGUACCCACAUGGAUACAAAGGGGUAUCCUGACUCUCCCUCUGAGAGAGAACAGCCCCUACCCCAGUUUCGGAGGCAUCAAUCUCCAGUAUGAAGGGUUUGCUGGUGUCAGGAUGUAUCAAUAUGUCAGCAGAAGCAAACCUUUAUUUGAGAAACCCUUUGAUAAAUCUCCUGUAAUAAUUAGCAAACCCAAUAAACCUUUAAAUGGCUUUUAGUCCAUGUAGAACAGCCUCUAGUUUAUGAGGCUCCAUCUGAAAACCAGAGGCAGAGAUGUUAUACCCCAAAAACUGUACUUCAGUCUGAUCAAAGAUGCAUUUUUCCAGUUUGCAAUACUUGUUUGACAUGUUUGUGGUGAAUCUGAAGGUCAUGGGAAUAAAAAGGGAUAUCAUCUAGAAAGACCAAGGCAUUUUUCAUGGGGAUUUUGUUUAAUGCCCUGUAGUCAAUGCAUGGAUGUAAUUCACCAUCUUUUUUUUAGAUACAAAAAAGAACCCUGCACCAGCAGGCGAGGAUGAUUUACUUAUGUGGCCCUUACUUAGAGAGUCUUUGAUAUACUCUUCCAUUGUUCUACUCUCCUGUUGUGAUAAAGCAUAUACUGUGUAACGGAUCACCUGGCACCCCGACUGGGUACCUCCGUUGAAGGAUGCUCCUAGCGCUUCCUGAGGGCUCCAAGCAUUGCAGCAGACACCACAACCACGGAACCGGAGAAGCAUGUGAAUGCUCUGAAGCAUAUGAAUGUUGUAAACAGCUGAAAAGGAAAAACAUACAAUCAGCUUACACUCCUGGCAAUCAGCUUACAAUCCAAUUCCCCCAAUAACAAGACGACACUUAGUUUUGAGGUCAAGCAAAACUGACUGGACUGGCACAUACAGCCUCUUUUAUUCACAAUCCACAAAUAUAGUACUGCCCACAGGGUUUUGAAACACAGCCAAUCAAUCCGUACAAUACACACAGACACUCCCACACAAAAUCCUCCCGUCUGCCUGUGAUAUGAUUACUGAACACAAUGGGUAAUAUAAUUAUCACAGACAGAGAAAUACAGUUUUAUAAAACAUAUCACAGGGACCCCAAAACAUGCAAUAACCCCAUAAAAAUGGUAUAUCCUCGGAACCAGGGGAUGUGGGUGAACUUCAUAUCCAAAAUUCACCCAGAUCCGUUCAGUACUUUGGAAGAUACGGUUUAAUGCAGAUUCUGCAGAACAUAUACAGGCUAUAUGAAAAACAAUUACUGUAUAAUGUGUCCCCUGUUGUAUAGUCCAAAACCACUGCACGAUGUCUCUGUGCACCAAAUACCGGUGAGAUGGCACCGUGUAGAAAAGUCCAAACAGUGUCUGUGGGUUAAAAUGGCCGCCAUCCAUUGUUCUCACCAUGUGCUUCAUCCAUUGUUCUCACCAUGUGCCUCUGAUACAUGAAAUGGUGGCCACCCAGUAACUCCACAGUAUGUCCCCAGAUGGUUCUUAAAGGGCCAGCAGCAGCACAACACAAAUCCAUUAUACCCAAAUCAUGUCCAGGAAGCUGGCAAUCAGUCUUCUCCAAUGCCCAGUGGCGAGGUCGGUUUCAUCACAUACUGCUCCCUUGGGUUGCAUAGCACCGGGUAGCAGAUUUAUGGAACAGUCAUAUAAUCUGCAAGGAGGUAGAAUAUUGGUCUGACUCUUACUGAAUAACCUUCCAGUAUUGUAUGGGAACUACAGAGGACUGAGGCAUAGUAGUGGGUAAUGUAACGAUGUCCACUCUUUUGAUAAUGUGCAACCAAGUACAAUCCUUGCCUCCAUUCCAAUAUUUCCCCCCUCUUCCCAGUCAAUAUGAGUAUUGUGCUUCAUAAGACAAGGAAAUUCCAAUAUGAUGGGACAAGAAGGAGAAACAAUUAUUUGAAAUGUUAUGUCUUCCUUAUGUAAGGCACCAAUGGAAAUGUUAAUGGGCAAGGUUUCGUAAGUAAUUAGGGGUUGAGAGCGAGGUCUCCCGUCAAUAGCCUCAACGGCUAGAGGUGAUAAUCUCUCCUUGAUAGGUAUAUAAUGUUUUUUAAUAAAAUGAACAUUAAUGGAGUUUCCUGAUGUGCAGUCACUUCCUCCCAGCUCUCUCUGAUAUCAUCACAGGGGACCUGGUCACUGCUGGGUGCACUGUUAAAGUGCGCAGCACUGACCAGGCCACCUGACAAUCCGUCUCCUUGGACCCCUUGGCAUGCGGCCCCGGCGAUUUGGGGCCGCAAAAGAUGGUGGCAACUGGUACCCAGUCGGAGGGGUAUGCAGGGCGGCCGGUCCUCGUGGAGUGACAGGCCUGGUUGCAGCUGCGACCCCUGCAACCGUGGUAUGUACGCCGCUGAUGACAAAUGUGAUAAACUCAUUUAAUUUUUUAGGUAGAUUUUUGGCAGCAAUCUCGUCCAGAAUUGCUUCGGAUAAUCCUUUUUUAAAUGCAGAGAUUAAUCCGCUAUUAGUCCAGUCUACCUCAGAAGCCAAGGUGCCAAAUUCUAUGGCAUAAUCUUAGAUAGACCAGUUGCCUUGUUUGAUAUGCAUUAGGGCAGUGGAGGCGUCAUCCUCCCUGCCUAAUGGUUUAAAGGUCAAUUUGAAGGAAUUCCUGGUAAUUAUGUUCAAUACUCCUAUUACUCUUCCAUAACGUAUUGGCCCAUGCUAAGGUUUUACCUUUAAGUUGGUUCAUUAGGUAACGAAUCUUAGCUCUAUCAGAUGGAAAAAAAGGGCUCAAAAUUUUACUCAAUUUGAUUCAGAAAUCCCCGGCAUUCUUGAAUAUUAUCAUCAAAAUGCGGAGGAGGAGAUAGGGAGGUAGUAGUUGCCUUAUGUACAGUAGGUGGAGGUGACCCAGUCGGAGAAACCUCAGGCUGUAGAUGCAUUGUUCGAGUGAGAAGCAUACUGAAAGCCUGGGCAAAUUGAUCCAUACGAUGAUCAUUUUCCCCUAGUCUCCCCUUGCAUGCUGCUAUGUAUUGAAACAAUUCUACAGGAUCUAUGGUCAUGUCAUAAUGUCAGAAUUCAAGUUGAUCCAGCACGUAGAACUGUAUCGCACCUAGGACUGAAAGGUAACGUCUUACCGGGCCUUAGAAUGGCCGGAUUUAUCGUACCAGAGAAUAGUCAGAAUACUUGCCGAGGUCGUGGAUACUGAAUGAGACACAAUGAUGAGGGAAAGCCACAAGUCAGGGAUACCAGAAUACAGGGAAGUCAAAAGAAGCGGACGUGGGGCUACAAUUUGGCGUGGAUCCGCAGGGCCGGCGUCCACCAACAUGUUGCAGGAGUCAGGUACACUGACGCAUGGCCUCUAAGCGCAGAUACCGCAAGGAGAGGAUGAAUAUGUUACAUAUACAAAGGAGACAAUUACCAAAAAAAAGAGCUUAAGUAAAUGUUUUACUUACUUUUAGUGACUUUUACAUAAUAGCUUUUACUGCACGAAGCGAGGUGAACUCUCAACAGCUUAAAUUCUUAUUAAACCCCAGUCUCUUCCCUGAUUGAUUUGACCAUUGUAUCCCUUCUUGUUACAGACUUGCCUUGGCGCCCUCAGAUAGGAGAUAUAAUAAUACAGGAUUGGUUACACAGCGCUGAGGCCAAACUGCAAUGUACAAUCUCUGGCUAUUUCCCUGAUAAUCUGGAUGUCAAAUGGUUCAGGAGGGAACCUGGAAAGCAGGAACUGUACCUUGUGUCUCCCAGUGAGAAAUACAAGCUUCCAGUGAUGGAUGUAACCAGACAGGAGGAUCGGACUUAUACCUGUACAGCCAGUCUGAUUGUCACAGUGUCCAGGAGAACUGAUCAUGGAGCAGAAUUCAUCUGCCAGGUGGGACAUCCCAGUAUGGAGAGACCCUUGGAGAGAAGAACAGGAGAACUAAGUGUGAAAGGUGGGUUUGGUUAUAUAGAAACUUAUUGGCAGUAGAAAGAGGGAAGUGCUCAUGCCAUUGUGCAGAACACUGGUGAGACCUCACUUGGAGUAUUGUACACAGUACUGGAGACUAUAUCUUCAGAAGGAUAUUGAUACCUUAGAGAGGGUUCAGAGAAGGGCUACUAAACUGGUUCAUGGAUUGCGGGAUAAAACUUACCAGGAAAGGUUAAAGGAUCUUAACAUGUAUAACUUGGAGGAAAGACGAGACAGGGGGGAUAUGAUAGAAACAUUUAAAUAUAUAAAGGGAAUCAACACAGUAAAGGAGGAGACUAUGUUUAAAAGAAGAAAAACUACCACAACAAGAGGACAGAGUCUUAAAUUAGAGGGGCAAAGGUUUAAAAAUAAUAUCAGGAAGUAUUACUUUACUGAGAGGGUAGUGGAUGCAUGGAAUAGCCUUCCAGCUGAAGUGGUAGAGGUUAACACAGCGAGGGAGUUUAUGAUAAUGCUAUCCUAGACUUAGAGGGAAACUAUAGUCACCAGAACAACUACAGCUUAUUGAAUUUGUUCUGGUGAGUAGAAUCAUUACCUUCAGGCUUUUAGUUGUAAACACUGUUUUUGUUUUUAAAGAAAAUGCAAUGUUUACAUCACAGCCUAGGCAUACGUCCACUGGCCACUCCUCAGAUGGCUACUAGAGGUGCUUCCUGUGGCAGUGCUGCACAGUGUGACUGACAUUCAGUGUCUCCACCAUCUACAUAGAGACACUGAACUUUCCUCAUAGAGAUGCAUUCAUUGACUUCUCUAUAAGCAGAUGCUGAUUGGCCAGGGCUGUAUUUGACUUGUGCUGGCUCUGCCCCUGAUCUGUCUCAUUGACAGUCUCAGCCAAUCCUAUGGGGAAGCAUUGUGAUUGGCUGAGAGAAUGACUUCUAAAGAUGUCUGCCAAGCAGGCAGAUCAGGGGCAGAGGCAGACUUGAAUACAGGUAAGAUUUUGCUAUAUUUAGGGAGGCAAGGGAGAGGGCAGGGGGGCUAGAUGGUGGUUUUAACACUAUAGGGUCAGAAAUAUAUGUUUGUGUUCAUGACCCCAUAGUGUUCCUUUAAGAUAAGGCCAGGGAUUAAUGAAAGUAUUUUUUUAAAAAUUGGGCAGACUAGAUGGGCCAAACGGUUAUCUGCUGUCACAUUCUAUGUUUCUAUGUUUGAUGUAGAGCAGAUCCAUAAACAUCACUUCGGCACACAAUGUACUCAGAAUCAGUAACGUAUUUACCCAUAGACCUGGCAUUAGGGAUGAUGGUUGUAGGGGGUAGCAGGCUCCUCGUCAAUCGGCUGAUUCUAAAUGUAGCCAUCUGUUUUAUUACACGUGAUGUCCCUUUAUGCCGUGUUCUGUUCCCGGCCCUUGUGACCAGGGCCGCCAUCAGGGCGUGACAACCAUGGGCCCGGCGGUCCUGGUGGGCCCCACAUUUCAUAUGUGCAUAUAUAGAUAGCGAUUAUCGCUAUCUAUAUGUGCACCUGCGGGCCCCGGAUACCUGUACAACAUAGACGAGGUCCAGCCAGCACCAUCUUAACUUUCCAGCAGCUCCUGUGCCUGUAACUCUCGCGAGCUCUGCGGCUGGUAGAGCGUUAUCACGGGUUACCAUGGCAACUCUCCGCCCGGCAUGCAGGCACAGCUCACAAGAGUUACAAACACAGGAGCUGCUGGAGAGUUAAGAUGGUGCUGGCUGGUCCCGUUCUACGUUGUACAGCAGCUGGCUUCCCUCCACCAGACCACCAGGGAUGCAAUCUCCCCCCUCCCUAGUCAGGUAAGAAGCAUGGAAGGGGGAAUACAAUUGUGUGUUAAAUGAAUGUAAAUACCACCAAAAAGGCUCCUGUGUCCCCUCCCCUCCCCAAUGCAGACCCCUAUUUUACACAUUUACACACACUAAAACCACAACACAAACACACACUGCACAUACUGUAGCGGAAUGCCAAUAGUAAAUCCACGAAUUCCGCUGGUUCAGAAACGAAUCCACAGUCAAGCACUGAAACAACAAGGCAAUAUCCCCAACCUCCCAAUAACCGGACGAGACACAGUUUUGGGAGUCAACUGAAAUCCUUUUAAUCGGCAGGACAAUUUAUACAAGUCCCCAUGCAAGGGGUUUCCUGAGUCCCUCCCCAGGGGCACUCCCAGCGGGGACUACAUGGGGGACUUACACGACAACAUAUUUCUCCCAUCAGGCACCGCUGCACGAGAGGGAUCAUCCUCCCAGAAUGCACCGUUAAGAGGAUUAUCCCCUCGUGCAGCAGAACCGGCAAUUCACACAAAAAUCCAUAACUGGUUAAAUACACGGUGGAUUUACACGAAUGGACGUUCGGUAGAUAGCUGGGGUCUGAGCGCAUCAUUCGUGGGAUUACCGCUCAGAUCCCAGCUAAAACAACCGAACGCCGCACAAAAAACACAUUUCUUUUAAAACAUACGAAAAGGACCGAUUACUGCUAGUGAACACGAUCCUGAAACUCCCGAACGUCCUGGAGGCUCAGCGGUGUUCGUGCUGUCGAAUAACUAUUGGUAGUACUAUGCGUUCGACAACCCGGUCCCGCUGAGGAACAAAGGAUCCAAGAUGGCCGACCGCCGCAUGGUCGGUAGUCGAACGACGGCCACCCAGGAGAGCCUCCAAUAACCGAUUGCAACAACGUUGCAAUCGGUUAACUAGCGCCGCACGCCUCUAAGUGUGUGGGCUAUUAGGGGGUAUCGCGUUCGGUUCACGAACGGCUCUCUAAAGGGCCGUUCGUGAAACGAAAGGAAAUCCCCAUACAAAAUCGCCAUUUGCAUUCGGCGGAAACAGCAGUACAGGCAAUACAGAAAAUACAUUAAGCAUAUACAUAAGUGUAGAGCGCAUAUCUCGCCAGACCUAUUGGCAACCCUUAAAGGCACAGUCUCUAGUUAUAGUCCAAGUGGCUAGGUUUGCCACACAUACCAUACACACACUAAAACCACAACACAAACACGCACUGCACACACCAUACACACUAAAACCACAACACACACUCACUGCAUUCACCAUACACACUAAACCCACAACACAAACACGCACUGCACACACCAUACACACUAAAACCACAUCACAAACACGCACUGCACACACCAUACACACUAAAACCACAUCACAAACACGCACUGCACACACCAUACACACACUAAAACCACAACACAAACACACACUGCACAUACCAUACACACUAAAACCACAACACACUCACUGCAUUCACCAUACACACUAAAACCACAACACAAACACGCACUGCACACACCAUACACACUAAAACCACAACACAAACACGCACUGCACACACCAUACACACACUAAAACCACAACACAAACACUCACUCCAUUCACCAUACACACUAAAACCACAACACAAACACGCACUGCACACACCAUACACACACUAAAACCACAACACAAACACACUGCAUACACUAUACACACACUAACACCACAACACAAACACGCACUGCACACACCAUACACACACUACAAACUCACACUGCAUUCACCAUACACACACUAAAACCACAACACAAACACACUCUGCAUUCACUACACAAACAAACACUUUAUCUAAAACACACACAACUACAUCCAUUAUACAAAUGUGCACUCUGUAUCCAUUUUACACACCACACAGACAGGGCUUCCUUGUGGGCGGGCUCAGAAUGGGCCCCGUGGGGAAACACUCGGGCGGAUCCAGGGGGCCCAGACUUUGAACUGCGUCAGGGGCCCCAAAAUGUCUGAUGGCAGCCCUGCCUGUGACACCAUCAGCACUGCACUGUAAGAACUUGUCAGGCAGCAUAUUAACUACUUAAUGCCUGACACCUACUCAGUGUCGAGAGGUGGAGAGGCUGCAGUAAAUUAACAUCUAUCUUCUGGCCAGGUUACAGUAGCUGGUUACAUGUGAUUUGUAUCAUUGGGACACAUAGGCGUGCGCACGGGGUGUGCCGGGUGUGCCUGGGCACACCCUAAUCCCCGUGCGCACGCCUAUGGUUUGAGUCCUGCAGGAACAGCGUUCCUGCAGGCACUCAGUGCCCCCUGUUUCACCUCUUGCCCCUGUCAUGGGAGGGCAAGAGGUGAUGAUUCCCCCCCACCUCCCCCACCUUGCAGGUCAGCGCGCGGCGAGGGAGCUCUCUGCUCUCUGCUCUCUGCUUCCUCUCGCCGCGCGCUGAUGCCGGGAGCCGGAAUAUGACGUCAUAUUCCGGCUCCCAGCUCCAGCAGACAGCCCGCGCGGCGAGAGGGAGCAGAGAGCAGAGAGCAGAGAGCUCCCUCGCCGCGGCUGAACUGGAGAAAGGCGCCCGCCCCCACUGGACCCCAGGGACAAGUCCACCAGCACUCCAGGUAGGAGGCUGGGUGGACAUUUAAAAAAAAAAAAUUAAAAUAUAAUAAUUUGUGUGUGUGUGUGUGUGUGUGUCUGUGAGUAUGUGUCAGUGUGUGUCUGUGAGUGUGUGUCAGUGAGUGUGUGUGUGUCUGUGAGUAUGUGUCAGUGUGUGUCUGUGAGUGUGUGUCAGUGAGUGUGUGUGUGUCAGUGUGUGUGUGUGUCUGUGAGUGUGUCAGUGUGUGUCUGUGAGUGUGUGUCUGUGAGUGUGUGUCUGUGAGUGUGUGUCUGUGAGUGUGUGUGUGUCAGUGUGUGUGUCAGUGAGUGUGUGUCAGUGUGUGUGUCAAUGGGUGUGUGUGAGUAUGUGUCUGUGAGUCUGUGAGUGUGUGUCAGUGUGUGUCUGUGAGUGUGUGAGUAUGUGUCUGUGAGUGUGUGUGUCAGUGAGUGUGUGAGUAUGUGUCAGUGUGUGUGUCAGUGUGUGAGUAUGUGUCUGUGAGUCUGUGAGUGUGUGUCAGUGUGUGUCUGAGUGUGUGAGUAUGUGUCUGUGAGUGUGUGUCAGUGAGUGUGUGUCAGUGAGUGUGUGUGUGUGUGUCUGUGAGUGUGUGAGUAUGUGUGUGUUUCUGUGAGUGUGAGUGUGUGUGUCUGUGAAUAUAUAUAUACGUAUAUAUAUAUAUAUAUGUAUAUAUAUGUGUGUGUAUAUAUAUAUAUAUAUAUAUAUAUAUAUAUAUAUAUAUAUAUAUAUAUAUACACACACACACACACACACGCGCGCGGCGUGUGUUUGUGCUUUAGGGUGCACACCCUAAUGCAAUAGGCUGCGCACGCCUAUGUUGGGACAUUACAUUUUUCACUUUUGUCAUUGAUGAAAUAUGCUGUGUGUCUAACUUCUCUCCCUGCAUCUAUUUACUAUUAUAUUGAGUGAAUUAAUACUUAAAUGCCCAUGUUAAGGUUAAAAUAUUGUUUAGUAUGUUCUGGUUACCUAAAUAAAUGGAAGCAAGUUAUGAGGAAGUGCUGGACUGUCUUUUUGUUUACUGGAGUCUGCUACUGGUUUUAGGAAAACUGGAAUCCAUGCACCGUCUGGGGUACGCCCUUUUUCUCAUGUUUUUGUUGCACUAAUUCUCUCAAUUGACCAUUUUCAGGAAUCCCACUAAUAGGAAACUUUGUACAAAUGGAUCGAUAUAUCUCAUUGGACGUUGAUAGUUUUUACCCAAAGGAUAUUACGAUAACUUGGAGCCGGGCAUGGAAUAACCCAGAGGAUUAUAAGAGAAUCCCUGACUCCUCCAUUCAGAAUACAUCACAUCAGAAUAAUGAUCGCACCUACAGACUAACCAGCAGAUGUGAAGGCCUGACACUGAUAGAUCGUGCAAAUCCAAAUGGCAUAUUUUUAAAGUUGAUGGUGGACCACGAUGGCCUCCAGUCUCCAUUAGUGCACGUCUUCUUGCGCUUAGAUGGUAAAUGUCCCUCAAAUAGAAUUACCGGGUUAAUUAAAUCUGAGUUUAUGUUUAUUUUUGUAUCUACCUUUAUAAAGAAGGAAUUACAAACUGAGACUUGUCUGACGUAUCCGAAUGGCAAUGUAUAGUUAUAUGUAGAACGUUUGAUUGGUUUUAGUGAGUGAAUGAAGGAUAGAUGUUCAUGAACAUGCAUGUACGUAGUGGGGAAUCGUGAUGCAGCAUAACAACAUAAACCAACCAAAAUUCACCCCAAUAAUGUCAGACAACGUAGUAUGGAUGAAACAGGCCACAGCAUUUAUUAUAACAUAUGAUAAUUACUGUAUAACACAUCCAUAGUUUAUUUUAAUAUUCUCUUUUCUUUGAUAUAACCAAAACGUUAAACAUCAAUAACCAUAACUUAACAAUAAACUUAACACAUAGUAUCAUCCAGCGAACCCAACCGUCCUUGCCAAUAAACUGACCAUAAGCCUAUGUACCACUUCCUCUCACCUCCACCCACGGCAUAAACUCCUUUUCCUUCCAAUGCUUACCACCAGCCGACCUUUUCCUCGCUCAGUGGGCAUGACCUAAGGUUAACUCUUUAGAGCAGGGGAGGUUGAGACCUGAAAACUUGUUCAAUUCAUUCCACAUAAUUAAUAUAACAACCUCAAACUUAAUUGGUAAGGACAUACUCCUGGCCACAACCCCGCUGUUUUACGCCUAAAAUCAGCAGGAGACCCCACUAAAACCAACUAUGGCUUGUUCCACCACUUCCUGUAGAGCGAGAUUAAAAGAGGUCAAGUCCGACCUCCAUCAAGUGCACCCCAUCCCCUCGAAAUAGCUAGGCCGCAUCCCGCUCAUAACCCUAUUGCGAACUGGAAUCCCCAAACCCCCAAGACAAACCUAGAAACCAAUGUUCAAUUUCCGAUGGCAGCGCACCAGGGCACUCACAUUGCUGAGUGCACUGCCAGAAAUAACAGGCGAUAACCUCAGCCCAGAUCCGGUAGACAUCUGGGAAGAAAACUAGAAUGCAAGCUAUGUCCAGGUUUAUGGUCAACACAAAUCCCAAAUGAGCACCGAACCCCAGGUCAUUCCCACCCCAGAUGGAUGACAAACACUUGGAACCUCCAGGAGGCGCGACAGCUGAACCAGGUCGGGGAGGAGCCGCACCAAGCCACUGAACCUCCACUCAAGAAGGCGUAAGAUCCAACCACUCACCCCCCCAGGCUGGACCGCCUCAUGCCUCCUGGCCCAAACGACAAAGGACAAUCCCAUGAUCCAUAUUCCGGGGGGAACCGUAACUGCGGAGAGAAAUCAACUCCGGAGACCGGCAGGGUGAACAUAAGGAACCUAACACCCCAACUCCCACCUUCUGAUUCUCCGAACCACCUGCGCUGGCCUGCCAAGCCUAGCGGCCUCUGUAGCCACCCCUAACCGUAAUGAAUGCCCCCUGAACUCCCCACCAUCAAUACCCAGGAUUUCGAGCCCCAAGUGGAACACUCCAACGAAAUGGAAGUGGGAGAGAACAACUUCCGUCUUCGAGAACCAAAAAAGGGGGAGGAGGCCGGAUAAGCCAGGUGGAAAGAAUAGAACUCACCGAAGGAAAAAAACAGGACAAAUGUCGGAACCCGGCACUGCCCCCAAUCGGAAAGGUAUAUUUCAGAUUACUCUGGUUACCUAGUACAUCAUGUUAUGUGCCCAACUAUUACCCUAGUCAUUUUAUCUACCUCAGAAGAAUGAUGAAGGGCUAAGGCUAAGUCAACCCCACUGGGAAUGAACCCGCAAUGCCAAAGAAUUGAACAGAUUCUAUUGAUGAAUAAGACCCGACUGGAUAAAAGAAGAAGGAACACCGUACUCACCAACUAAAGCCCGGCGUACCAACAGUGGCAAAAAACUGUAGAAGGUCCAGGCAGACUACGCCACAUGCUGGGCAAUUCUAGGAACUGCAGCCAGGUCCUGUGAGAAGAGCACGGAGAGGAGGUGAAGCCCAUGCUCCACACCAGGAGGCAGCCGAGGUAAGUGACCAGCAGAGAGAAGAGGGAGGACACAGAGAGAGGGGGUGGGGAGAGAAAGGAGAGGGACCGGCAGAAACAGCAGGACAACCUGGGGGACACGGGGGUGGGGUGGGGGGCCCCCGGAAGGUAGAAGGAGGGCUCAGGGACAAGACCAGGGAAAGGAAUGGGGAGGUAAGAAACUGAAGGGGGGACAGGGGAGAGAGACCCCACGGGAGCCAUCCUCACUGGCAGAGGAGGCCCCCAGACCCAUGAGAGGUUCCCCCACAUACCCAACGGCAGUACCUCAGUACCCCGCAUGGCCCUGCAGGGCCUACUCACCGGCCAGCAUUUGCGCCUGCCAUGAGGCGAUCAUGAAGGCCUCCGUACGGCCACACACCUCGCAGGACGCGCCGCCCGCCUCCUAUUGCCUCUGGCAUGAUUCCCAAUGCCGGAGCCGCAGGCUGCGAUGUGGCUGCAGGAAGGAAUUAGGCUGCGCAUCCUGCGCGGUAGUUGAAGGCUAGUUGCGUGUCUGGAACCUCAACCGGGGCUCCUACACCUCAACCGGGCAUGAGGAGUAUUGACAAGGGAUAGCUGAGCCGGCGGGUGGGAAUGCCGGCUGCCAUUGCAGCCCCCAGGAGCAGGGGCCACAGGGGAGGCCCCAGAAGGAGACAGACAGCGGGGGACCCACAUCGGCAGCCAUACCUGGAAUGAGGAGAGCCCAUGGUGCAUGGAGUCGCCGGCCACCAUCCACGCUGCAGCAGCUCUGAGGGAAACCAGAAAAGACUCAACCUCCCUCCCUCAAGCUGGUAAAACUGACAGGCCCAGGCAAACAGGAGCAGGAGGACAGGACUGUUUGCUGGCCCAAAUCCCAAGUGGCACUGAGGUAAUACCACCCCCCACUAAACUUACACACUACAUACACAACCAAUCCCAUGCAUCUAUCCCCACACUCAUACAUGUGCCCUUGUCCGCUGAGCUGGGCUAUCUCCCCAGGGCGUCAGUGGAGGCCCAUAGAAGAGACGAUGAAAUCAAUCGUGCAGAGGUGUUGUUUGGUGGUUGAAAGACCAGGGGUAUUAGCCCAUGGGAACAUUUUAUCGCUCCUCUAAAAUAUAAAUACUGUAUUAAGAACAGUCGAUCCCAGAACCCAGCUGUACUGUGCCUUAUGUCUAACCCUAAAUACUAAUAUAUUCUAUAAAUAAAAUAAUGACAGAAUUUAUAAAUAAAUUCAGAUAAUUUUAUCAACCUAUAUUUAUUAACCACAAACACGCCGCAUUAACCACAAACACGCCGCAUUAACCACAAACACACCGCAUUAACCAAAAACACGCCGUAUUAACCACAAACACGCAGUAUUAACCAAGCAUUGCAGCAAUACCCCCACAUUGCGCUGUAUAACUAACUCCAAAUAUGAAGCAUUAAAGUAACACUGUCACAAAUUAUACAAUUUAAGAUAUUUCUCUCUGUGUUACAGGAGACUUCGGGCUAACAAUGAAAUUAUGCCAAAAUUAGACCCUGGGCUUUUUAGGACCACACUUGAGGCUCCAGCCCCAGUCAGACUCCCCAGCAAAGCCUUUGAUCAUGUAUAUGGAUGAAUUUUAUAUUAGCCCUGUCAUACUUUGUAACUUCUUUGGGAAGGGAGUUCCUUUGUUUUUAAAAGGAAAAUAAAUAUUAUUAUUAUUAUUAUCACCAUUUGUAUAGCGCCAACAGAUUCCGUAGCGCUUUACAAUAUUAGGAGAGGGGUGAUUUAACUAUAAAUAGGACAAUUCCAAGUAAACUUACAGGAACGAUAGGUUGAAGAGGACCCUGCUCAAACGAGUUUACAGUCUAGUACUUUAUCGUAUGUGUAACUAAUAAAACUAAGGCAAAUGUAAAUAAAUAAAUAAAAACAAGGGGAAGAGAGGGGCAAUAACAAUAUUUUAAAACCCCACCUUGCAGAGUGACAGGGCUGCUUUAAUAGAGGAAUGGAGAGAUAGACGCUGACAGUCUGAUUAUAUGAGGAAGACGCAGAGAGGCCGAUACCAGCUCCAGAUAUAGGGAUAUCAGCGCUACGAAUGUGAUGGCGCUAAAUAAAUAAUAUAAUAAUAAUAACAGUUGGGAUUUUCAGCCCCUGGUGUUUGGAACACAAAUCCUAAUCCCAUCAGAAUUAGUAACAUUAAUGGGAGAGAUUUAUAGAACUGUGACUGACAGAAACAUCAGGUAAAUAAUUAAAUGUGCAGAAAUUACCAUGGAUUCAUCAGGAACAUUCCAUUGGUUUCCAUGGCGAUUGCUAUACUUUUACUAUUAGCACAACUCCCCACAAUCUACAUUUAUAAAAAAAAUAAAAAUUAAACUAAUGUGGGAAACCAGCAUCGACUGGACUUCAGGAUAAAUCAGAACCUGCCACUUAUUUACACCGAAUAAAACAUUCACAAAGAUAUUUACUGAAGGGAGAAUCCAACUUUAAUUCAGAGAGAAAUUCUAAUUUAAGGCCAGAGUAGCCGAUCUGAGAGCUGAUUUCGAUAAUGUUUCCGGCUCACUUUGAAUUCUCAAAUUAGUAAAUAAAUACCCCUGAUAGAUUUUUGCCUACAAUCACUAUAACCUACACCAGUUAUCAUUAUAAGAGCUAUUCUCAAUAGAUACAAAAUGUUUAUAGUUGUUUCACUGAGUGUUGGAUGAUUCACAGUAUUUUAUUGAAAUCUUGCACGUUUUUUAUUUUUGUCUCAAAGGAAAACUGUAUUCCUAACACUAUAAUGCCCUCUGCCCCUCCCCCUUACCUCACAGACCCCCAGUGGCAAAUAAAGGGUCAAAAACCCCUUUUUACAAUUACCCAAUUCCACGUCCCUCGGCACUGGGUCCACUCCUUCUCCACUGACCCCAGCCGAUGGGGGUACUAAUUGCUCCAAUUCCUAAUGGGUUUUACAACACGCUGAAUGUCCUCAUGCAAAGCCUGAGGAUGUCCAGCGUUGUUUCAUGGAGUCAAACUUCGUAACACUCCAAGAAGCGCCACUAAAGGCAGUCUUAACCCUUUAACCCUUUAAGACCGCAGGAUGUUCUGUGACAUCCUUAAGGGGCUGGCUCUAAACGCCGCAGGACGGCAUAGAACGUCCUGGGUGGUCUUGCCGCCCACGUGGCCGGUGGCAUUACCCUGCUGCAGAACACGGUCGGGGGGCACGCCUGCCCCCCCCCCGGGAGCCCCUCCUGUGCCCAGUGACCGCGAUCUGCAGACUCCGAACGCAGUGACAGGCUAUCACUGUGAUCGGUAUUUAACAUGUGUAAGCCGGUUUUAAAAUCGGCUGACACAUGGAACCGCGGCAUUUUCCGCUGCAGUACUGUUUUACUCGGAAGACUUCACUGAAUACAAAUAUGUGUAUUUUAUUGCAGUAAAAGCAAACAGUAUUUUGACAUUCACAGUUAAAAUGUCACGUAGAACUAAAAAAAAAUUUUUACAUCUUAUUUUCUCCCUUUUUUUAUAUUUUAUUCAUAUUAAAUUAUGUUUCAUAGCUAAAUAUUUGAUAUUAAAUGAAAGCCCUGUUUCCCCUGAAUAAAAUGAUAUAUAAUAAGGGUGGGUGCAUUUAAUAUGAAAGAGGUGAAUUACGGUUGGACAGACAUGUAGCGCAAAUGCCAGGUUUUGUUUACAUUUUGUUUUGAUCACAACGUGUACAUUUGGCUCAGUCCUUAAGGGGUUAAUGAAAACAUUGUUUUACAUUGCAGGGUCAAGAGAACAGGGACACUGUACCCAGACCACUCCAAUGAAAUGAAGAGGUCUGGGUGCCUAUAAUGUACCUUUAACAACAUUCUUUAUACAUUACAACAGACCGUGUAUAUCUGUCUGUCUGUCUCUCUCUCACCGGACAAAUGACAUAAUGUUUUCUCUCUCACACAGGGAACUAUUAUUUAUUACAAAAAGGACAAAAAAAAUUCAAGUUACCAAAAUUACCCAUGGAAUGACAUCACAGCAGAAAUGACAUCACAGCAGUUCCAGUGAAUACAGACAAGUUGUCGCAGUACUUUAUUAUGUCUCAGUGUUAACAUGGCUGGAAUGUAACUGACGUUUAUGAGUAAGAUCUAAAUACAGCUUCGGAGAGAAUUGUAUGGGGGAUGUGAUGCAGUUGUUAAGGAGUGUCAUCAUGUCCACUUCUCAAUUUAGGUUUGUUCUGUAAUUUGAAUUAACAUUUCUCUGCUCAAAUACAAAACAAAUAGUCCUUUUAGAAGGUGUUCCCCCAGAGAAAACAUUCCUCUGAAUUUAAUGUGUUUUAUCUAAAAACAACUUGCAAAAGAUGGAGAUGUCUUGUCUGCAGCUUCUGCAAGUCUUCCCGUUCUAACCCGGCCAAACUUUCUGUGUCGGACAGUCAGGUGUCAAGAGAUGUAGCUAUAUUAUCUCCAGGGUAUUUGCCUAUAGUUUCACGUAUCGUGUUCCGAAAAGUGUAAGAAUAUGUAAAUAUGGUAAUGUAGCCCCAUGGAACAAGCGCAGCUUAGGGGAAAGGGGACUUGAUAAGGCGAGGAGGCGGGCUUAGGUGGACCUGAGUGUUGCUUGGAGGGUUAAUGUUUGGGGGCAGGGUUGGUAAUUUUAGACCAGCCAUAUUAUAAUUCAAUCACUCUAAUGAACUCACCAGACUGAGUUGGUCCCUCUCCCUCCCCCUCCCUAAGUUUAACUUGGUUUUAGUCUCUGUUUUGACUCUGUUUGGUCACAUCGGUGGGGCUGGUGAGAGGAAGGUUAGGGGGGAAAUAUGCCUUAUUUAGUUAUAAAAGAACAAUGAUAGUUGGUUGGUUCAACUGUUGGUACUCCACCUGCACAUAUGGCGUUAAUGCACCUGUAAUGAACAUGUUUUACUCGUACACUGAAAAUACAGCAACAUUACCCAUAACCUUUUUCCAAUAACUCUGUGUGUAAAAUAAUGAUAGAAAUAUGAUGCUAUCACCCAUGUGUAUAAACUUAUUUUAUAUUGCGUUUCUAAACUAAUUAAAAAACGACCCUCUUUUCUACUCCAUUCAUUUCACUCUGGUCCUCACCCAGCAGCCCAGCAGAUACAUUUAUCUACACAUUUUCAGGGUCAUUCAUUAAGUAAUAAAUUUUUUUUUUUUUUUUGUUCUGUUUUGUUUUUCUUUUGUUUGUUAUUUUUAGGAUUCAAAAUGAGUUUAAAGUUUGAGAGGAAAAUACACAUCCUGAAAACUAGGUUAAUUAGGAGAUUUUAGGUGAAAUAGUUGAAUUAGAAAAGCUGCAGUUUUUCCAGCUUGAAUAGUUUAGAUCAAAAAUUAAAAUUCUCCUUUUAAUUCAUCACAGUUCCCGAGGUUCACUUGUUUUUAAAUUCUCUGCAAUCCCC